AGUUCGGAAUUUGUGUUUGAAGUGACAUCCUGCUUCUUUUCUUCACCCGAGGCUACACGAACUCUGCCGGACGGAGACCGAGCCCACUCCGGGAAACAGAGUCUUUUCUCCGGAUAAACUCGCAGCACGGUACGGUAACGGCUCCUGGAGCCUUCAGUAUCACUCAUUAUCUGCAGUAGUUUUUUUAUCAGGGUCGGUGAUAACAGUGUAGCGGGCUGUGUCGUAACGUUAGCCCGGGCACAGAGCAAAGGUCUCGGUCAGAGCUGACAUAUAGAGCCGCUGUUAGACUCGCGCAGCUCCUGGCUUUGCUGACUCUUUACUCGGUAAGUUUGAACAUAUUUCACUUGAAAAUGGGGGAAAUACCAAACCGAGUCCGUUAUUCAGUAGUUUCCUGUUCUCUGCUUUACUUAUUUAGGGGGUUGAGUUGAAAUAUACCGUUAGAUGUGACUCUUAUGUAACGUGAAGUUUUGGAUGAGUUUCUGAACGGUGUCAGAACUGUGGCUACAAACACACAUUAACGUGUUUUAAUGAACAUUAUGUGUUUUCACGUGUUUCUUAUGCUCAAACUUCUUUUCACCACUUAUUCACACCUGUGCUUUGUCACAUAGUUCAACUUUGUUUGGAAAAAUAUGAACAGUCUUUAUCCUGCAAAUAGAAUCUACACCCAGUCCUGUAAAUGAGACUUUCAUAUGUCUUUAUUUGCAAACUUCCAUUUCAAAGUUAAAGUUAAAAGAGAAUAAUUAAUCUAUUCUCUAAAUUGUGUUUUAACUGAAGCCAAGGUAAUUUUAACUCCUGUUAUCCCCUCUCUCUCUUUUUCUAAACUAUUGACAUGUGAAAGGAUGACUUUGUUAUCAGUGUUUCGGCUUAAAGUUCGAUGUUCUCAAGUGGUCAGACUCCUGGUUGAAAAAGCUCCCUUGCUCAGUAAGUGAUGGUGGUCUGUAAGGUCAAGUAGCUCCUGUGUUCAUAAGUCCGAUCCUUCAUUCGUUGAGUUUUUUUCCCUUAAACAAAUUCACAGAGUGAAAACAGAGACAGGUUUGUCCUGAGGCAGCAGCCUCCACCCCGCCCUCUGUUGCUACAGGUGGAUUGCUACAGGUGUGAUCAUGUGGAUAGAGAGAUAUUCACACAGAAACAGCGUAAAGCCCUUCCAUAAGCAUGCCAGACCUGUUGGUGGCGAUCAUUUGCAGUAUAUUCAGACUUACAGAAGUAACAUGGUGAGCAUCUUCUUGAAUGAGGAGCACAUCUAUGUGUUUUUCAAGAUUUAGUUGAGCAUUGGAUUAAAACUAACAAGUGUCAGAUUUAUUCACCCCUGCCCUGCAGUUUGAUGAUGAAGAACUGGGAGCUUUCCUUUCAACAUGCUAAACUACUGAGAAGAUGUAGACAAUCCAUUAGCCUGCUGUUUUUAUGCUUGCUUAAUACAUAUGAGAAUUAUUUGACGAGUAUGUCCAUGUUAAUGACUAAAUGGACUUUGCAGAAGUCCCAAUUUGGAAAGUGUUUUAGUCCAAAACCAGUUCAAACGACCUCUGUCCAGACCGAUAGCCAAAGCAAAGAGAAAAAUCUGGGUUAAUGAAUGCAUCAUGAUCCUGAUAAUCCUGAACCCACUACAGACACACAAUACACAGGGACCCACCUCAGAGUCAGCUAAUGUGGUUCAGGGGAGAUCCUGAGAGACUACUGCUGAGGAAACAAGAAUCAGGAUACAGUGCGUUUAAAUUUAAAUGCAGAAAAAAAAACUUAAAGUGCAGCAGACACUUGGCUGUAACUGCAGAGUGAGUUACAGCAGAGAGAGUGGAGAUACUCACAGUGUCCUGAGUAAUCUGAUAUCAUCGUCGUUUUCUUCCGCUUCGUCUGGGUCGCGGGGGCAGCAGCUUCAGGAGGGAAGCCCAGAUGGCCCUCACCCCAGCUACUUCCACCAGCUCCUCCGGGGGGGAUUCCCAGCCGCUCCCAGGCCAGGCAAGAGAUAUAAUCCCUCCACCUGGUCCUGGGCCGGCCACGAGGUCUCCUCCCAGUGGGACAUGUCCGGAACACCUCUAACGGGAGGCGUCCAGAAGGCUUCCUAACCAGAUGCCCGAGCCACCUCAGCUGACUCCUCUCAACGUGGAGGAGCAGCAGUUCUACUCUGAGUGCCUCCCGAGUGUCCGAGCUUCUUACCCUAUCUCUAAGGCUGAGCCCGGCCACCCUGCGAAGGAAACUCAUUUCAGCCGCUUGUAUCCUCGAUCUUGUUCUUUCAGUCAUUACCCAAAGUCCAUGGCCAUAGAUGAGGAUCGGCACGUAGAUCGACUGGUAAAUUGAGAGUUUUGCCUUACAGCUCAGCUCUUUCUUCACCACGACGAAUCAGUUGAGCGUCCACAUUACUGUUGACGCCGCUCCGAUCUGCCUGUCAAUUUCCUGUUCCAUUCUAUCCUCACUCGUGAACAAGAUCCCAAGAUAAUUGAACUCCUCCACUUGAGGCAGGACCGCCCCUCCGACCUGGAGAGGGCAAUCUACCUUUAAUCUGAUAUCAAUGCUGUUAAUUUGAGGAAAGCUGUGUUUUAUAGUCAGUGGUUUAUCCUCAUCCUCUCUUUCAGAUCCAUCAUGAACUUCAUCCUGGAAACCCUCCAAGUCCUCCUGCUGUCCCUCUGGUUUAACAUCGAAUCCUUCAUCUACUUCUUUUUGCCCAUGAAGAAGAAGAAUGUGGCAGGGGAGGUGGUGCUGAUCACAGGGGCAGGCAGCGGGAUUGGACGCCUCAUGGCUCAGGAGUUUGCGGCGUUGGGGACAGUGCUGGUGCUGUGGGACAUCAACCAGGAUGGCAUGAAGGAGACAGCCCGUCUGGCCAAAGAGGGCGGAGCCAGCAGAGUCCAUUAUUACACGUGUGACUGCAGCGACAAGACCGAGGUGUACCGUGUGGCUGACCAGGUGAGUUCACAGCUGAUACCACAAAACUGAAUGACUAGCAGCAGCGUGGGAUAAGCUGCAGGUUUUUGCAGGAUCAUCACAAACUGCAGAGGUUGUUGUUUGUUGUUGUUGUUGUUGUUGUUGUUGUUGUUGUUGUUGUUGUUGCAGCUGCUGCUUUGAUGUGGUUGAGGUAGGGCUGGGCGAUAAAACGACAAUAUAUAUCGAAAAUUAAUUUCCCUCAAUAUCAAUAUAAAAACAUGGUCAAUAUGCUUUUCAAUAGUCUGCAUUCUGACAUGUUUUGGUAGACUAUACGAAUAGCCAAUGAAAAGGGGAGUUGCUCCGGGUCCGCUUUGCGCUGAACCAACCGUGUGCAGAAUUAGAACCAAGUAGCAAACAACUGCAUAGUAGCAGACUGCAGCUACACGCAACCAUAGCACUUUAACACGUGAAGCCGACAGCACUGUUGGUGAGAAAAAAAAGAACAUGAGCGCUACUCCUGGCAGAAAUGCAGAUGAAGGCUCAACUAGGCCUUGGCAAAAAAAAUGAUCACAAUAUAUUUUGUCAUAUCGUUCAAUCUCGAUUAUUAUCACUUUUUUUUUAACUGCCAGUUUUAAAGCAUCUGUACUAAAAAAUAAACUAGAGAUUAGUUCAACAUUUUAUUAACUGCUAAUGCUACUCAUGUCGUCAGCAGUAACAGGCUGUCUAGACUCUGCUCACAUUUUCAUGCUUUCCACAUAAUCACUUGGGACGUCCUUCUUCAAAUGGUGGAACAGAUUUGUUGUGUUGCCGGUUUUUGAGGGCACCGAUCGUCAACAGCGACACUGUUCACACUUUGAUGAAAAAAUCAGAUGUGGCAGUGUGAACAUAGCCAAUGAUGAAAACUAAAGAGUUGUACAGGUACGUGAAGACUCAAACUGAGAGAACUGAAUGUGACAGAGAUUUCUUGCUUAGCUUAUGAUCUUGUUGUUUAAUUUAAAACAAAUCAGAGCUGCAGUUAAGGAAUCAAGGAGGGAAAAGAAGAAAGAAACAACAUUAAAUUAUGAAUAAACAACAAGCUGAUUCUCAGAGGGGAUCAGCAGAUUGACUCAAUGUGGACUCCAGUGAUGAGUUUUGUUAUUUACUGGAACAAUAUUAUCAUAAAUCAAAUACUUUCAAAACAAUAAAAGUGAGUAAACAGCAGACUUUGAUGAAGCUGGUGUUGAUGGUGCACUUUCAUUAAAAACAAAGUAAACACAGUUUUAAUCAUGUAUCUCAUCAUUUCAAAUGCCAAAGACUGAGGAGGUGGAUCUGUUCUGGUGUCUGUUUCUCUCUGUGAGGAUGGACGUCUCGAACGGAACCUUGAAUAUUUAAUGAGAGUUUAUUGACUUGAAGUUGUCCUCCAGCUCUCAGUUUGUUUGAUUCAUUAAUAAAUCAUAAUCUUUUAGUCAGCCCUGUAGAUUUACAGCCACACAUCAGACUGCCUGUGGUCAGAGAAACACUCAUUAAAGCAGGUAAAAAGGGCUGAUUAAAUCAGUGUUAGUGACUCUGCCUGAGGAGCGGUUUGCUGAUCUCAGCCAGUCACCUGUUCACCUGGACUUGGAUGGUACAUCCAAGUAUAUUGAUAUACUGACUGAUGGAUAUUAAUGUUUGACCCUCAGCAUUUUGUAUUUCACUGCACAUCUUGUAAUGUUAUGAGAGUAAUGUUGUCAUUAUAUGAUAAUAGAGUGAAAGAGAGGAAAGCUGUAAAUCUACAAGAAAAAAAUACCAAAAAGACGGACAUAAUUAAUAAAGCUGUCUGAAUAAAUAAAAAUAAAUGUUGUGAUAAAAUCGAUAAUAACAUAUAUGACGAAGAUUUAUGAUAUGAUCAAAUCUUAGAAGCUGAGAAAAGCUAUACAGUCGGAGAAAAAAAAUAUAGAAAUGAGUGUGAAGAUUAAAGAGAUUGAUGUUGUAAGAAAAUAAAGUUGUUUAUAAGAAUUAAGUUGUUAAUAUAAAAGUGAGAUUUACAAGGCAGUUUAAAAUGACAAAAAUAAACACACAUCAAAAACUAAUUUAGACAUGAAUGAAGGGGCUGAAAUUUUUUUGAGAAGAAAAUUUUCACUGCUUUAGAUGACAGUGAUGAAACAAUGUGUUAUUUCACACGUGGUCACCCUAUUAAAAUAAUGGCCAAGUCAUUAUUUGAAGAAAAUUAGUUUUUGUUCUAAAUCAUCGCUUGAUAAUGAUGGCCACCUCUGGUAAAAUCACCUAAAUCCUUAGAUGAAAGGAUCCUUUCAUCUACAGAUAUUUUUAUACUCAUUUACAACUUAAUUCUACUAACUUUAUGAUCUCUCUUCUCAUAAACAUGUGAUUAAAUGUUCACAAACUGGGCUCUUCAGUUUUCAAAUAUUGUGGUCCUCUUUAAUCAUAAUAACUUUAUUCUCAUAAUAAUAUAUGUAUUUUUAAAUUUUAUUCUGAAAAUAUCACAACUUAAUAGGGCCCGACUGAUUUAUCAGCAGGCCGAUUAAAUCGGCCAAUUUUCGCCCGUUUGAGACUAAUCGGUAAUCGGCCAAAACUCGCCAAUUGUCGCUGAUAUUUUCAGAAAUAAAAUGCUGAGAAUAAGAUUCGAUUUCACUUCGAAAAUGUUCCGCCAUUUGAAAAGAUUUCCUGACGUAUCCUGUAGCUGGUGCAGCAACCUCAUGACAAUCUUCGUCCACUAACUACCUCACAGCACAGCAGAGUGACGGCUCUCAGUUCCUCAUUUAUUAUGAUGAGUUAGCUUUAUUUUUAUUUAUUUCUAUAGGCCAUUUAUUUUAGAGAGUGACAAGUGUGUGAGUUUGACAAGACGGAGGUUGACAAAAUAAUCCGUCUCACACCCACUACAGUCUGAAUAAUAAGCUGAAAAUAAUUAGUUUAUCAUCUUUUAUUACAGCUAAAAUAAAUAGCCAGGCGUUCAGUGUAAGUCAUAUCAUGUAAACACAACUAAGAAAAAUGCUGAAUGUAGGCUAUGAGUUUGAAAGUGGCCCAUAUAAAACUAGACAGAUUCUUUUAAACAAUGCAUAUUUCAUGUAUACUUGCUUGUUGUUUUGACAGAUGUCAAAAGAAAGCAAGCGUAGCAAGGUGUGGGACCACUUCACCUUGAGCUAGAGAGUUGGAAGUUAACUUAACUCUUUGCACUUUACACAAAAUAGCUCAUUGUUUUUCAGUUGUUUUAGCAAUAAAAAGGAUUUGAAAUUAGUUUUCUGCCUUGUGUUUGAAAGGCUCAAAAGCAGCCAUUUGUUAAAAUGAAAGUAAAUAUGUAGAUAUAUUACUUAAAUUAACAAAAUUUUAAAACUUCAUAAAAAAAAUUUAAAAAUCGGCGAUCAAUCGGUAAUUGGACCCCCCUCCCUCCUCCCCAAUAAUCGGUAUCGGCCCCAAAAAAUCCAUAUGGUUAGGGCCCUACAACUUAAUUUUGGAAAUACCUCAUUCCUGCAAUGUCGUUCUCAUAAACUUAAUGUUAAAUCCUCAAACUUGCAACUUUACUCACCACAUAUUUUUUUUUUCUUGAUGACAUGAAGUGACAUUUGAUCUCACUGCUGAAUUCUUGUGGAGCAGUGAUGUUAUUUUAUACCACCAUAGUACACUCCACUGUGGUCGUACAGUGAAACAUGGGUUAAAACUGAGUGUGCAUGUGUAGGUGUGUGUUGGGAAGCAAAGUUCUCUGCCACCUUUAUGUUAAUAAGGGCGUGUCCGUGUGUGUGUGUGUGUGUGUGUGUGUGUGUGUGUGUGUGUGUGUGUGUGUGUGUGUGUGUGUGUGUGUGUGUGUGUGUGUGUGUGUGUGUGUGUGUGCCUCUGGGGCAGGGAGGAGGGUGUGUGUUCAGUAAACAGAGAUAAGUGUUCUCCACCACAUGGUCUGAGCUUUAACAGCAGCAGCUCAUUCUUCUUUCUUCACACAUCUAAAGAUUAAAACGCUGACUUUGCCUGACAAGGUUAUUAUGCUCCUUUUUGGGAUUACUGUCAACUAUCAGAGCUUUUUAAAGUCAUUUAAAAGUUUGUCAUUUAAAAGUCAAAAGGCGUAACAACUCAAAAAUGAAUAUUGAUUACAGCUCCCUCUCUAAUAGAGUGCGUUGUUAUAUUUAAACAUGGAUAUUAGAUACAUGGAAAUGACUUUUUGUGAUUAUAUAUACUUAUGUUGUUUGAUUUUCAGUCAUUUAUGAUCUUUGUUGUUAUAGUCUGUGCUGGUGAUUUAUAAUGGGCUGAAUAUAUGAAAGUUUUCUCAGACACAGUGAAGAUGUAAAGGAGGUCAAAAUAGCAGAGUAUGGCCCCAGACUAUGUGAGCAGUAUGAUAUACCAAUACUUGGUAUUGUUAGUUCCAGUCCAACAAACUGGAGUGUGUUCUGCGUUUAUGUGUGUCACAGUCUGCUAUUAUCAGACUGCUAUGAUUAACCAACUCCCAUCUUAUGUAUAACUUUAAUGUUAAAUUCGGUUUUCUAUAUCUAAAAAAAAAAAAAAAAACUACAGACACAUACCAGGGCUGCAAAACCCAUUAUCACGAUUAUUUGGAUUGAUCAGAAUUAUGAAAAAUGACUGUCCAUGUCACACAUCUAAGCACCUUUAAACUUGUUUAAACUGAAACACCCAUCAUUUGAAAAAAACAGAGUUAGUUGAAAUAAACUCUGGAGCUCACCUUUUUGAUUUCCAAGGAAGUCUGACUGUCUAACUGGAUGAUUUCAACGUUUAAAAACUUAAAUUUUUAAUCAAACAAAUCACUGUCUUUUCAAGCUUUUAUUAAACAUCCUUUAUAAUCUUAAAAGUUGAGUAUACUUUAUUAUGACUCUGGACAUUUCACCUACUUUCUAGCCCAGAAGCUCAGUAGCUUAUUAGCACACAUUCACAAUUGUUUGGCGUCUCUUGUUGCCCGAUAGUUUGAACCUGUUGCUCAGUGUGUUGCAGACAUAGACUGUAUAUAGAUUACACAGUGUCUGCCUCCUCUCUGGGUGAAGCCACUCCGAGAACAGCACUCUCUGUUGAUGGGCUGCAGUAUUGGUCAUAAAUCCCGCCUCCGCCAGCAAAGCUUAUGGAGCUGUUGACAAACUUUAGAAAUUUAUUACACAGAACAUACAUUUUUCUCCCCCCUGCUUGUGAUGUUGACAUGAAGUUACAGUAAGACUGGUUUGUGCUCAAGUCCUCUUUUUUCUGUGAAGCUCCGUUUUUAAAAGUUAUUAGGGGGUUCAUGUUUGCUAUGAUUGACACCUGAUACAGCCUAUGAGCGUUAAGGGUUUGCGUAGCUCACCCAGGGGAUAUGCUGUUUGAGCCGAGCGUCAUCACAGCGACUCUCCACGACUCUCCCGCCGAAUGCGCACAACUAAUCAAUAUUUGAUAUUGGUAUUGGUCCCGAUACUGAAGAAAAUUCUAGAUCAGGUAUCGUAACAAUGGGCCCGAUGCAUAGGGGCCGAUCUAUUCAGUCUUACUCUGUGAUAUGUGCCAUGAAUGGCAUCCAGAAGUAAACAUGCUGAGUGGAUGGCCACAUUGUUUUCAAAAUGGAGCGAGCAAAGGGGUCUGCUAUCUUGAACUUUAUCACAAUACCUCAGCCUAAAAGCUCAACGGCCACUUGGAAUACCUGCGCAGUAAUCGUUCUGAGAAGCAGUGGCAGAACUUCAGGUUACAACAAAAGGUAAUUCAGCGCGGCUUUUCUGUAUCGGAAUUGGAUCGUAUCGGCCGAUACUUAAAGCUGGGGUAGGCAGGACUCCAUUUAGGAAGCGACUUUUUUGUGAUGUGUAUACAAAAAAGCUUUUAAUAUCAGUCAAUAGCUAUAAGUUAUUGAUGACAUUUGGUAAUAUAACAACAUUGCUGUGUUCUCUUAUGCCUGUGUAGUCAAUAUAAUAAUUUAUAUAUAUAUAAUUUACAUUUUUUAAGCGGCCCAUUCUUUCUGACUGUAAACAAAGCCAUUCUCCACUUCCCCAACCUGAUUGGUUGUGAGGCAAACGCUGCUCCCCAAUGUUGUGAGGCACGCUCCAGGUCCUCGAAUAAUGUUCACAAGCCCAAACAAAGUUGGUGUGCUACAACAUGGGACAGUAGAAACCAACCAGAAAGUACAGAAUUUUUUUGUAAAUCCUCCUUUGGCCACGACAAGCCAGAAAACAAAGUAAAUACCGGAGACUAGGCCUGUCGCGAUAAUCAAUAAAUCGCCUUAUCGCUCGGUAAAUAAAAACGAGGUCGGUCAUUUUGCCAGCCUCGAUAAUUGACGUGCGUUUGUUUUCCUUCUCUCUCGCUACCAAACACGCUGGAUGAGAGAAGAGGUCUCACUCUGCGCAUUGUUCUCGGCAACUGGGGGCGUUGGCUCUAUAGCGGAAUGAACGGAGUUAGUGAACCCUCCUGUCAGUCAUUCAGUGUCUUUGUCACGAGGGGGCUGGCGCGCACAGGCACACAGACACAGACACAGACCUUUGGAUACAGUGCUGCAAGUGAGCGUCGUGAGUGAAAAGCAAGCAAACAGAAUGAACACGACAGCUUUGGUGUCUAAACCGAACGCAACAGCCCAAGUGUGGGAAUAUUUCGGCUUUAAACCAGUUUUGUUUUCGUCAACCACAAAACUCCACGUGUGUGCGCGCGUGUGUGUCUGUGUGUUGGAGGAGCACAGCAGGCUGAUGAGAGCUGUCAGAGCGGACAGAAGCUGCUCCUAUAUGUUUAGCGUUUAACUGACUGAGUUUUGCAACUCUGUUCGUUAUUUUCGUCUCGUCCCAUCAACGUAAACGCACUUUCGUCUCGUCACAUUUUAGUCAUCUCCGACUUACGUUUAGCUCGUCAACGUUACGUCUUCGUCGUGGGUGAAAUUAAAGUUUAUCACUUUUGACACGGUGUACUCGCAUUAUUAUGCCAUUUAAUAUCAUUAUCUAUAAUUUAAAAAACGGUGUCAAUAAUAUCGUUUAUCGGCAAUAAUUUGUAGCACAAUUAUCGUCCAGCAAAAUUUGUUAUCGUGACAGGCCUACCGGAGACUCUGGUGGAAUAGAGUCAAAGUAAGCCAAGUGUCUGUAACAGAGGUGUUUCUUGUCAAACGGGACCUGCUGGGUGUUGUUACACUGCAAAACUGUUUACCCCGGGUCCUGGACUAUGUCACUUUAUCCUAGUUGUAGAAGUCCUGCAAACAUUGUGUUUGCGGUUACCAUGUUGGCAUCUACAGUAGCACCAAUGCUUUUUACUUUCACGUCGACUGGGCCACAUUUGUAAUUAUCUGAAGUAUUUAUCUGCAUUUUAUCUGAAUUUAAUUGAAACGAUAUGAGCAAGCAGGAGAGUCUGUUUGUGGGCGGGGCUUGCUGGAGCAGAGAGGGAGGGGAGAGGAGGAGCUGAGGGGAAAACUGGUUGGGAGGGGUAGUGUUUACAUUCUCCCAAAAACGGGAACUUCCUCAGAUCCUGCCUACCCCACCUUUAACUGUAGAUAUCUGUAUCAGUAUCGGAGGUGAAAAAGGCGGCUCGGUGCAUCCCUAAUUGAAGGAGGAGGAGAAGGAGGAGGAGGUUUUCUGCCUGAGGCUUACAGAAAAGCAGAUUGUAGAGACAUGAGUCAGAGACAAAGCGCUCAGGAAUUCUGCCUUUUUGAUGCAAAUAAUUCAGCAACACUAGAUACACAACAGUAACACUAAAUACACAACAGUUAGUCUAAAUAAACAACAACAGUGACACUAAGUACACAACAAUUAGACUAAAUAAACAACAACAAUGACACUAAAUACACAGUAACCAUCAGCAUGUCAGUCAGAGAACAUAAAUUAAUGGAAGAAAGGAAAAGUCAGUAAUUUAAAUAACAGAUGUUCUUGAGUUAGUUAUAACUGCUUAAGUUCCCACCCCACCCCCACUCUUAAAACCAAUCCUACAGUGACUAACAGUACAGUGAACAACUGACUUUAUUAUUGAAUUUAUUUAUUGAAUUUCCCUUCAGUGAUUAAUAAAGUUCUUCUUCUUCUUUACCAAAAAUAUCAGCAAUUUCCACAGGAAACACAGCUCUGUUAGUCCUCUUCUGUAAUUCAGAAUAAUUAAGGCGUACUGUUUGGGUAGGGUCUUGUUUCCUCCGCAAAGGAGGUUAUGUUUUUGAGUCUGUAGUAAAAAAUUACACAAAAGGAUCUCAAUGAGUUUUAUGAGGUGUCAAAGGUUCAUCCUGAUCCAGACAAAAUCCCGGAUACUGUGAUCCAGAACACACAAAAAUAAGUGCUGACCAUUUGGCUUGAGCACGUGAUGACAUUUCCAGCUUUUCUAGCCAAUCAGAGGCGAAGGAGGCAGGACUUUCCCCGGCAAAAUUCUUCCCUGGGAUUCGUCUUUUUCCCCUGGAAAGUCACAAAAUCGCAUUGGAUAUUUCGUACUUUCGCGUUCUGUAUUCGCAUCGGCCCCGGUGUGUAAGGACCUUUAGACUGCUGUGAGGUUAUCCAAAAAGCUAGUUAAUUAUCACACAGAUCAACAAACACGCAGAUUUGCAUAAAACAGCAAAUAUUCUCUAAGCCGUGCAUGUCAGUUGGAUUACUUUACUGCUGAAAAACUCUUUUUGCCAGUUCAAUAUCAGAGAAAAAUCGAGGGGGAAAGUUUGUAUGAGAUGAAUUUAAUUUUUGAGGUUUGCCUGCAGCUUGCUCUGUUUUGUUGUAGGAGGAGUACUGCAACCAGUCAUCAGGGGGUGCUAUUUUCAUGGAGGCUUCACCCAGCGAAGAGGCAGAAGACCCCCAGUCUAUGUAGUCUAAAGUUAUGCUUUAAAAAAAGUGAAGAAGUUCUGUCACAUAACAUUAAUUCUGACUGAACCUUUUUUGCAGGAAUAUGAAUAUCUGCAGAGAUAAGAAUAACUUAAUAUAUUUAUUUAUCCGUGAAGGGAAAUUCAGUAUGUGGGGAAAGCGCUGCCUGAUCAUGAGGUCGCUGCACCAUGGGGUGCAGUGACCUCAUGAUCAUUAUCUACAGGAUAAGUUGGGAAACUUUUCAAAUGGCGGAACAUUUUCAAAGUGAAACCAAAUCUUAUUCUCCGCAUUUUAUUUCUGAAAAUAUCGGCGAAAGUCUGUGAUUUUUGGCCAAUUACCAAUUAGUCUCAAAUGGGCUAAAAUUGGCCAAUUUAAUCGGCUCGCCGAUAAAUCAGUCGGGCCCUACUAUUCAGCUCUCAGACACUUAGUCGUUGGGGACAUGAUGAAAGUUAAUGUCAUAAUUAGCUUUCUUACAAGCAUUGAAGUGCGCUACUGCACAUGCUUGUUCCGUGAUUGUCUUCUCUACUCCUCCAAGUCUGGCCUGCACAGCGGGGCUCCGGGGGCAGAGCUUGGAUUUGUAAUGUAUGAAAUCUCACUGUGUCUGAGCCUACCUUUUGGGUCUGCCAGAGAUUCACAGCGAUUUGAAUAAAGAAAUACUUCAAAAUGCAAUUUUGCGCUUAGUUUUCUCAUGAUAUGUCGUCUAGCAUAAAAAUAAUGCCAGAUUUUCAUCGGAGUGGAUCUUUAGCUGCUACAUGAUGAGAUUUCUCAGUACAUGACACACAUCUAUUUUUUUACCCCCAACAGGUGAAGAGAGAGGUGGGUGACGUCACCAUCCUGGUGAACAACGCCGGCAUCGUGACAGGAAAGAAGUUCAUGGACGCCCCGGACUCUCUGAUCGAGAAGACAAUGGAGGUCAACACCAUGGCUCACUUCUGGGUGAGUCACAUAUCAAAUCCAGUAAAAAAAGAGGAGAAUGAGGUCUAUUGGAAACUCAUCUGAAAACACGUGUGACUUUGGAGUCAUUUUUAUUCAACCCUUACGAUUUCACUAAAUUUGAAGAAAAUAUGCAAGAAAUGAUUGUUUUUGAAAUAGUUUGUUUUUUGUUUUUCUUGACCAAGAGUCAGAAACCCAAAGAAGAAAUACAUUUUUUAUUUUUAUAUUUAAAUGAACAUGUUUAUUUGAUUGAACAUUUUCUCUCCUCGUCUCUCUUCAGUCUCUCCUCUUCAACAGUUUCUCAUUAUUUCUGUGUUAAAUGUCCUGCUCUCCAUCAACUGUUUUAUCCACUGAAUAACCUUUAUUACGCGAAAAGUUUCUUAACAAAACUGGAGGUCUUGACUUUGGUUGUUUAACAGCUCAGGGUCCUUUUUAGUUUUUCAGGACUUUUCAGCUUCAUUUCAAAUGACCUUAGAAACGGAAGUUCACAAUCAACGCUCACAUUCAGACCUUUAAUAAGCCAUGACCGUAUUUUUCCUGCCCGACAUCAUUCAGAACAUUGAAGCUUCAUGUUAAUAAAAUGUUAAUUCUGAGUGAUUUUCAGAUGACCUCUGACCUCUGUGAGCAUCUCUCAUUUUUGUCUUUUGUUUGUCCCUUUCAGACGUACAAAGCCUUCCUCCCCGCCAUGGUUGCUAACAAUCAUGGUCACCUGGUCAGCAUCGCAAGCUCUGCAGGACUCAUUGGAGUCAAUGGACUGGCAGGUGUGUGUUUUUAAUCUGCUGAAGUGUCUCACAUGUUACUCUGUUUAAAAUACCUUCAGCGCCACCAUAAUCCUGCUCCAGACAGGAGUUUUCUGUACUGCUUUUAGACCAGUUUUGAUGCUUCCAAAGAGAAAAUCCUUAUUAGUUUCCACCAAAGACGCGAGGAUAUCCACUUUCAGCUCGGAAAAGUUUCUAAUCUUUCUGAUAUUUCUCUUUCAUGUUUGACCUCAGUGGGCGAGGCUUCUGAACCAAUAUUUACAGGCGUGACAUGUUAAUGAUGAUUGAUUUCAGCCGCCGCAUUUAUCAAGACCCCAUCAUACAUACGCUGGGUUUGGUCGGAUACGAACCCUUUUAUAAAUCUCAUGUGUGUCCUAUCAUAGGUGAAUCCUGCGCUCAGAUCUGCGCUGAGUUCUACACAAGAUCGAUAAAUGAGGACAAUUGUGUGUGGUACAUGUUCCAGCAUGUUCCUUUCACACCAUCUGUUUUUGUCUUGCGAUUAUUUCAGACGUCAAUAUUUAUUUUUCGAACCCGUAUCCUGUCAAUACAAGUGUUCAAAUCAGCAACGUUUUCCCCUCCUGCGAUAUUGCAGCAUUUAUUUUUUCGGAUCAUGGUUGAUUUUUCUAAAGUUUUGCAGACUGUGUGUCCACUUCUGACCAAUCAGAUUGUGUGUUGUUGCGACGUCUGAUUCACUGGUAUAUCCAACCAGCUGAUUGUUUUCGUGUCCCGAGAACCGAGUACUUUUUGAUAAAAAACACAAAUAUUACAAAGAUAACGACCUGAAGGACAACUUGUGGUUUGUGUGCUUUAACAGUUUGCUAAACGUCUUUGUUUUAACUUUCAUCUGUGCUAACACAAGCUAACGGUUGUUACCAUAGUUUCAUGUGCUUAUCUGGUACUGGCCCCGACUCAGUACAUGCUAUCAUGACAGAAAGCCAUCUCAACACUAGUGUCUAGUGUCUAGUCCUCUGCCUCUUCAAACUUGGAGCUAAUUUUUUCAGCAGGACUUUAAGUUGUCUAACGGAAAUCCAAAAACAGGUUCUUAAGCAACCGUGGUACAGUUUCAGCUCCUGAACCAAGCAGUGAAACUCAAAAAUAAGUGUGUUUUUUUUUCUUGUAUUAAAAAUGUAUUUAUUGAUUAAUCAGAAGGGAAAGCUCAGGCAUUCUCAACUGGUACCAGAAGACCUCUAUCUUUCAACCUUUGUUGUGAGUUAAGUUGGCUUUUACCCCUCCUCUUUGAUCGAUCUUCCCUCAGCUUUAAAAAAAACAUGAUGGAGACAGUUAUGGGCUGCUAUUUAGACGUGUGAACUUCAGGAUUGAAGAAGUCACACAAAAAAACACAGGAGUCUCUGUUUUUAAUGUUUUGGUAGUGUUAAAGUUUGAUGCUAUGAAUAUAGUGUUUAACAGAAGUCUGACUGAUGUGACGUGGAUUCAAGUUGAGUAAGAACAGGGGAAGUGUGUGUGUGUGUAUUUGUGUAUUUGAAGGGGAAGGUCAGUGUUUGUUGAUUACUGGAGAUAAACUUUGGAGGCUGAAGUUCAUGUCACACUGCAGAUAAAAAGCUGCACUUCUCCAUUUUAAAUUACUAAACACACACACACAGACACACACAGUUAUCAUGUAUACUGCUUAUGACUCAUACUUCUGCUAUCUCUGAUAACGCCCCGUUAGAGAGUCUGAAUGAUCUUUAACCUGUAGGAUAAAUUCAGAGUCCACUGACAGCCCUGUUAUUACCCUCUGACUGACGUCUCACCUACAUGUCUCACACACAGGUGAGUUGUAUUACCUGUGUGGUCAAGACUCUUUUAACAGGGUUGUGCUAAGCUAAUGUAACCCCUCCUAACCAACUAUCAUAAUAAUGACACAAAGUACCUUUGGAUCAUUUGACCCCAGACAGAAGAGCAGGUGACAGCUUUAUCUGAUUACCAAGAGGUGACGCGACGGUGGGGGGAGGGGUCACAAUCCAAAUGGCAGUCCUCCAUUCUUACCCCGGCCAGACAGUUGACCACUAUUUUACACUUUUCAGGGUUUUAAAAUAAAUCAGUCUGUUUCCCUUGUCAAAUGUAGAAAAACAUUUUAAAAUGAUGAAACCUGAAGUAGUUCUCCGAUUUUUUUGUACAUUUAGUUCAGCAGCUGCAAAGUAUUCAGUCCAUCUCCACAAAUGUCAGGAAGCUUUGCUAAAUGUUGAUCAAAACUAAAUUCAGUGGGCAGCAAAUGAUUUACACCCCAUGUUCUGUCUAUUUGAUCAGAUUUUCACCAUCAGGGGUCUCAGUCAUAAUUGAAGUUGAAGUUUGAUUAAUUGUCCAUCAUUAGGGAAAAGCUGAAUGAGUUUCUGUACAGGGGAAAAAAAAACAAAGGAGCAUGGUGUCCAGUACGUACAUGUGAGUGUGUUAGUGGACCUGCAGAGCCGCAGUGAAAAUGUGAAAUCAAUCUGAACUGUUACUUAGGAGGAUUCAUUUGAUUUUGAAUGAUUCCAAUUCCGAUUCCUCGUUUCGAUUCCGAUUCCUAACGAUUCUUUCUUUCGAUUCUUUCAAAAGGCAGGAUAUAAAAAAACAAACAAACGCAUGGUUUAAAUAAGGGUGUUAACCGUAGUUCUUCUUUUUGGAUGAAAUUUAUGAACUUCUCCAUGAAUCUUUAAAUUAUAUUAACUUUUUAAGAACUUUACUAUGAAUUUCUCACAUUUUCAACCAGUAUAUAAAAAUCAUUUUUUGUUGUCAGGUCGUUUGUCUAUGAAAAAGUACAAGGCCUAACGUUAGUUGGAUAUUUCAGCUGACCCACCAUACACAGUACAAUUUGUUUGCCACUUCAAAGUAAGCAGAAGACAGAAGUUAUUUAUUGUUUCAAUGAUCUAAUUCUGGCUGGUUUGCGGAACACCGGUGUUGUGCUGUAGAAUGCACAACCUCCACUCAUUAACUUCUUAAAGUGGAAGAAAAUGAUCUCAUAAUAAAAAAAACACGGAUAUUAGAUCAUGACAACAUGUCAAAUGGAGCAGCAAACUUUCGUUUUGUUUUUAUGUGUCUCAAAAAUGCACACAUAGAGGUGUACUUAAGUAUAUAUCUGUACAAUAAGCUGUCAAGGUAGAGAACAUUAUAUUUUUGGGGUAGCAAAUAUUCAGAAUCAGAGGACUAUUGUUUUCGGCAUAUCUGAAUAGCCUGAAUGAAAUCAUUAAAGGCAACCGCUUUAGUUCCGUCUAACAGUAAGAAAAACUUGGAUUAUUUCGCCUUGUUAAGCGCUUUCAACCACGCUCCCGUCAGGGGGGCAUUCUACGACAGGGGUGCAUUCUACGACACAACACUGGCGAAGCGCGUCAAAGACAGGCAUUUGGGUAUUUCUCCCCCAUGAAUCCUGAGGUGUUUAAUCAUGUUGGCCGUUUACCCUCCUUUGCAUGAUAUAACUGUAUUGCUAAUGUUGCACUGAGAUAAGAGUUCAUUCCUCCUGCUAAAGUUAGCCAAACUUCUGACCACAGCGACUGCAUUGCUGUGGGUUGUAAUGCACUCUCUCUCUCUCUCUCUCUCUCUCUCUUACUCUCUGUCUCUCUUCUAUCUCUCUCUCUCUGUGGCUUCGUCUCAUACGCUCCGUCCUCGUUGGUGUUCGGUGGCUAUUUCUUCCGGUCGACGGACUCUGGCAUCGAAACUUGGAAUCGAAAAUUUAAAAUUUGAACGAUACCGGGAGAAUUGAAAUGUUAGUCCCGAUCCCCAUUGAUACUCGAUUCUCGAUACCCAACCCUAGUCUCUCUCUGUACCUAAUUUAGGAGAAUAAAUUGUAUUAUACCUCAAGUAAUCUGCAGUAAUCUAAUGAAGACAUUAAGGUUCUGACACUUCUUACCCUCCUAACAACACACCACUGGCAGGGUUUUGUCAAGGUUGUCCAAAGAGGUUAAAGUGAAGGUGCUCCACAGCUGCAGAGUCCUCAAAAUGAGCUGUAUUUGUUCAUGAGGUCUUUAUACUAUGGCUUUACAAUAUUACAAUAUGUUGCCUGCUUGCAGUAUCCCUAAAUAUCCCAAUAUGUUUAUUUGUCAGCCCCUAUCAUAUUGCCAGAUUAUUUCUGAUUGACAGCUCCACUCUUCACCCUCCUCGGUUUGAUUCUGCUCCUUUAAGCUUCUGGAGAAGUUUCACCACUUCAGAUCUAUGAAAUGGUGAAAUCGAGUGAACUCUCACCGACUUGUGUGGAGUUUAUCUGGAGCUGAUAGUCAGAGCUGCAGUGUUUGAGGUGAAAGUUUUCCUGUAUGGAUUCUCUGAUAAUCUGAGGGGAAACCUGAUAGCCUGAGCUCUCUGACAGUCAGUUUAUCUUUCUCUGCAUACAGCUGAAAACUCGGCCUCUCACUGUAAAGACUCACUGCCUUUGAAUCUCAGUGAUAGGUACAGCUCAGAGUCUACACAGUGGACCUCAUUCCUGUAAAUAUCACCUCAGGGUCAGGUCAUUUUUCUGCUCUGAUAAAGAGGCACACCUACUUUAGUAAUCUGUGUUGUUUCACAGCAAAUAUUGAAUCUUAUAUUUUUAAUGUGUUCUCUUCAAAUGAACGUCUUCUCUCAAUCUGUUUAUUUAGCUCCUGAGUAAAAAGCUGCAGCCAGCAGCUAAAAUGAAACAGUUUGUGUGUGUUCAUGAACACAGGUCAUGAUGUAGGCUGGUCUCUUCCUUCCUCCUCUACAGAUCAGACUCACAGAGCCACAGUCAUACAGUGCAGAUUACUGAGAAGCACUCUGAUCAGGAUGUGGUGAGAUCAGGUUAAAGAUCAGAGUGAAGGUUUUUGCUGUCCUGAUCAACUGUUUCCUGUCAGACGGUGAUGAGAGUCCGUUUUAUCAGUAAAAAAAGGUCACAAUGGGCUCUGAGGAGAAAACUCCUGAAUAUUGGGUCAUGGUUCUAAAUAAAAAAAGACAAUAAUCCAGAAAAAAAGACAAAAUUUUGAGUUAAUAAAUCAUAAACUUUGGGGUUAUUGUUGUCUUAUAAGUCAUCUUAUGCAGAACUCUCAAAAAUCACCGCUUUUUAAAGUCAUGAUUUCAGCUUUUUAUCUUGUAGUUCUGACAGAUAAUUUUAUAUUCAUGACUGUAAAUAUUAUCAUUUUGACUUUUUAUGGAAAAACUUAGGCUAUUUUCUUUUUUGAAACACUGUCAUUUUAUACAUAUAUAUAUAUAUAUAUAUAUAUAUAUAUAUAUACAUUCGUGUGUGUAUAAAUAUAUAUAUAUACACAUAUAUAUAUACACUCACCGGCCACUUUAUUAGGUACACCAUGCUAGUAACGGGUUGGACCCCCUUUUGCCUUCAGAACUGCCUCAAUUCUUCGUGGCAUAGAUUCAACAAGGUGCUGGAAGCAUUCCUCAGAGAGCUUGGUCCAUAUUGACAUGAUGGCAUCACACAGUUGCCGCAGAUUUGUCGGCUGCACAUCCAUGAUGCGAAUCUCCCGUUCCACCACAUCCCAAAGAUGCUCUAUUGGAUUGAGAUCUGGUGACUGUGGAGGCCAUUUGAGUACAGUGAACUCAUUGUCAUGUUCAAGAAACCAGUCUGAGAUGAUUCCAGCUUUAUGACAUGGCGCAUUAUCCUGCUGAAAGUAGCCAUCAGAAGUUGGGUACAUUGUGGUCAUAAAGGGAUGGACAUGGUCAGCAACAAUACUCAGGUAGGCUGUGGCGUUGCAACGAUGCUCAAUUGGUACCAAGGGGCCCAAAGAGUGCCAAGAAAAUAUUCCCCACACCAUGACACCACCACCACCAGCCUGAACCGUUGAUACAAGGCAGGAUGGAUCCAUGCUUUCAUGUUGUUGACGCCAAAUUCUGACCCUACCAUCCGAAUGUCGCAGCAGAAAUCGAGACUCAUCAGACCAGGCAACGUUUUUCCAAUCUUCUAUUGUCCAAUUUCGAUGAGCUUGUGCAAAUUGUAGCCUCAGUUUCCUGUUCUUAGCUGAAAGGAGUGGCACCCGGUGUGGUCUUCUGCUGCUGUAGCCCAUCUGCCUCAAAGUUCGACGUACUGUGCGUUCAGAGAUGCUCUUCUGCCUACCUUGGUUGUAACGGGUGGUUAUUUGAGUCACUGUUGCCUUUCUAUCAGCUCGAACCAGUCUGGCCAUUCUCCUCUGACCUCUGGCAUCAACAAGGCAUUUCCACUCACAGAACUGCCGCUCACUGGAUAUUUUUUCUUUUUCUGACCAUUCUCUGUAAACCCUAGAGAUGGUUGUGCGUGAAAAUCCCAGUAGAUCAGCAGUUUCUGGAAUACUCAGACCAGCCCUUCUGGCACCAACAACCAUGCCACGUUCAAAGUCACUCAAAUCACCUUUCUUCCCCAUACUGAUGCUCGGUUUGAACUGCAGGAGAUUGUCUUGACCAUGUCUACAUGCCUAAAUGCACUAAGUUGCCGCCAUGUGAUUGGCUGAUUAGAAAUUAAGUGUUAACGAGCAGUUGGACAGGUGUACCUAAUAAAGUGGCCGGUGAGUGUAUAUCUGUACAGUAAGCUGUCAAGGUAGAGAACAUUAUAUUUUCGGGGCAGCAAAUAUUCAGAAUCAGAGGACUAUUGUUUUCGGCAUAUCUGAAUAGCCUGAAUGAAAUCAUUAAAGGCAACCGCUUUAGUUCCGUCUAACAGUAAGAAAAACUUGGAUUAUUUCGCCUAGUUAAGCGCUUUCAACCAUGCUCCCGUCAGGGGGGCAUUCUACGACAGGGGUGCAUUCUACGACACAACACUGGCGAAGCGCGUCAAAGACAGGCAUUUGGGUAUUUCUCCUCCAUGAAUCCUGAGGUUUUUAAUCAUUUUGGCCGUUUACCCUCCUUUGCAUGAUAUAACUGUAUUGCUAAUGUUGCACUGAGAUAAGAGUUCAUUCCUCCUGCUAAAGUUAGCCAAACUUCUGACCACAGCGACUGCAUUGCUGUGGGUUGUAAUGCACUCUCUCUCUCUCUCUCUCUCUCUCUCUCUCUCUCUCUCUCUGUCUCUCUUUUAUCUCUCUCUCUGUGGCUUGGUCUCAUACGCUCCGUCCUCGGUGUUCGGUGGCUUCUUCUUCGUUGGUGUUCGGCGGCUAUUUCUUCCGGUGGACGGAUUCUGGCAUCGAAACUUGGAAUCGAAAAUUUAAAAUUUGAACGAUACCGGAAGAAUUGAAAUGCUAGUCCUGAUCCCCACCGAUACUCGAUUCUCAAUACCCAACCCUAGUCUCUCUGUACCUAAUUUAGUACACAGUAAAUUGUAUUAUACCUCAAGUAAUCUGCAGUAAUCUAAUGAAGACAUUAAGGUUCUGACACCUCUUACCCUCCUAACAACACACCACUGGCAGGGUUUUGUCGAGGUUGUCCGAAGAGGUUAAAGUGAAGGUGCUCCACAGCUGCAGAGUCCUCAAAAUGAGCUGUAUUUGUUCAUGAGGUCUUUAUACUAUGGCUUUACAAUAUUACAAUAUGUUGCCUGCUUGCAGUAUCCCUAAAUAUCCCAAUAUGUUUAUUUGUCAGCCCCUAUCAUAUUGCCAGAUUAUUUCUGAUUGACAGCUCCACUCUUCACCCUCCUCGGUUUGAUAGCUGCUCCUUUAAGAUUCUGGAGAAGUGGGUAGUUUAGGGACAGCAGACAGUUUUAAAAACUAACAGGGUAGAACUGGAGUAAGAUUUUACAAUAAAAUGUCAGAGUUAAGGAAUCUAAAUGUGAAGAGGUAGGGAAAGAGCAUGUGAAAACUGCCCUCAGGAGUAGAAGGUGCUCAGCUGCCUCCAGAAUUAAACCAGCAAGUGAGCUCUUGCUUCUUUUAGUCAAAGUACAAGAAUUACAGACAACAGAGAGCAGAAAAUCAUAAUCACUGUAGAAUAAUUAUGUUUCACCACUUCAGAUCUAUGAAAUGGUGAAAUCGAGUGAACUCUCACCGACUUGUGUGGAGUUUAUCUGGAGCUGAUAGUCAGAGCUGCAGUGUUUGAGGUGAAAGUUUUCCUGUAUGGAUUCUCUGAUAAUCUGAGGGGAAACCUGAUAGCCUGAGCUCUCUGACAGUCAGUUUGUCUUUCUCUGCAUACAGCUGAAAACUCGGCCUCUCACUGUAAAGACUCACUGCCUUUGAAUCUCAGUGAUAGGUACAGCUCAGAGUCUACACAGUGGACCUCAUUCCUGUAAAUAUCACCUCAGGGUCAGGUCAUUUUUCUGCUCUGAUAAAGAAGCACACCUACUUUAGUAAUCUGUGUUGUUUCACAGCAAAUAUCUUAAAGAAAUCAGAAUCUUAUAUUUUUAAUGUGUUCUCUUCAAAUGAACGUCAUCUCUCAAUCUGUUUCUUUCGCUCCUGAGUAAAAAGCUGCAGCCAGCAGCUAAAAUGAAACAGUUUGUGUGUCUUCAUGAACACAGGUCAUGAUGUAGGCUGGUCUCUUCCCUCCUCCUCUACAGAUCAGACUCACAGAGCCACAGUCAUACAUUCAGUGCAGAUUAUUGAGAAGCACUCUGAUCAGGAUGUGGUGAGAUCAGGUUAAAGAUCAGAGUGAAGAUUUUUGCUGUCCUGAUCAAGAUCAACUGUUUCCUGUCAGACGGUGAUGAGAGUCCGUUUUUAUCAGUAAAAAAAGGUUACAAUGGUCCCCGAGGAGAAAACUCCUGAAUAUUGGGUCAUGGUUCUAGAUAAAAAAAGACAAUAAUCCAGAAAAAAAGACAAAAUUUUGAGUUAAUAAAUCAUAAACUUUGAGGUAAUUGUUGUCUUAUAAGUCAUCUUAUGCAGAACUCUCAAAAAUCACCACUUUUUAAAGUCAUGAUUUCAGCUUUUUAUCUUGUAGUUCUGACAGAUAAUUUUAUAUUCAUGACUGUUAAUAUUAUCAUUUUGACUUUUUAUGGAAAAACAUUGGCUAUUUUCUUAUUUUAAGUUUUGAAACACUGUCAUUUUAUAUAUAUGUAUAUAUAUAUAUAUAUAUAUAUAUAUAUAUAUAUAUAUAUAUAUAUAUAUAUAUAUAUAUAUAUAUAUAUAUAUAUGUUUGACUUUAUUUCCAAUAGUUCAGACUUUUAUCUUAUAAUUUCACAUUAUUGUCAUCAUUUUAACUCUUUAUUCAUAAUAAUGAGACUGUCUGUCUCUUGAAUUUGGCUUUCUGUUUCAUAAUUAUGGCUUUUUAUCUCAUUAAUUUUUUUUCACCCAAUUAUUUUGACUCUUUCACAGUUUUUACUUUCUGUCUCAUAGUUUUUAUUAUCUAUCAUAAUAUCUAUCAUUUAAUAUCUAUCAUUUAUUCUUUUUAAUCCAAUGAUUUUUAUUUCAUUUAAAAUUUUUACCUUUUUUGUAUCCUAAUGUACUAUUUUUAUGUUACACUUUGAUAUCACAUCUCCUGAUUUUGACUUUGUGGCCCUUUAAUUUUCACUUUUUUAUUAUUUUGACUUCCCAGCUGAUCCCAGAUAAUUUUGACUGUUUUUGCAGUUUUGUUGACAUCUUGUAACAUAACUUCUAAUAUAUUUCUGACUUGUACAGUUUAGAUUCCCCCCUUCCCCAGGCAGGUCUCACUCUGUUGAAUUUUAACCAGCCUGGCAGAAAUCUUCCUGCACAGACUGGCUUCAGAUAAUUUAUUACGGCUCAUUUUCUCUUCUUUUGCUGUUUCUCUCUGCAGAUUACUGUGCCAGUAAGUUUGCAGCCGUGGGUUUUGCAGAGUCCGUGGGUCUGGAGUUGUUGGCAUUGGGGAAAGACGGCGUGAAGACCACCAUUGUUUGCCCAUACUUCAUCAACACGGGGAUGUUUGACGGAUGCCAGACCAAGUAUGUCUUUGUUAAAUCGUUUGAAUUGAAUGUCCGCCGUAUCCGCUCUGUGACAAUUUAUUUCCACCUGUUUGUUAUGGAGCAUGUUGUUCUUCACGCUGGUGUUUGUCAGGCUGGUCAGCUCUGUGUCCCAUUAUUUCAGUCUGAGAGCAGAGAGAUCAUCAUGAUAUACACUUCAAACUUGGAUGGAGACACCACUCUCAUCACAGAGUCAAUCAACUUCUCUUUGACUCGCUCUGAUGGCCUCAGUCAUCAGCUGAGCUCAGCGCUGCUCAUUCUGAACCAACUGAUCAGAUCAGCUCAUCGCUCUUCAUGUCAUUUCUCCAUCACAAGCUCACACAUGGUCACCUGUUUCCCCUUUUUUCCGAUCAUAUUAGCACAGUGCUGAAUGCUCACAGAGAUGGUUCCUGCGUCCUUCACUCUGAUUGUUAACCUCCUCCACUUCAGACCCCAGAGAGAGUGAGAGAGUGGACGCCCAUAGAUUUUCAUGUUCCUGCUUAUUACAGCGUGUGUCUGAGUGUGUACCAGUGCAUUCAGACGGUCAUUCAGCUCAGAGGUUAGAGCCCGGCUGCGAUGGUCUGCUCAGAAGAUGAGGGGUCAGGAUCACAGUUUAUGUAAGACAGUAUCAGAGAAGAGGAGUUGUGUGAAACUUUAACGGAGCAUGAAAUCGAGCUGCAAGGUAAAACUCAGAGGCGUCAGAGCUAGACAGACUUUAAUUUAUCAUCGCUGUUAUGAAGUGGACAUCAGACUAACCUGUCUGUGAAAAAAACAGAAAGAGACCGAGAGAAUAAAAUCAAGUUGCAGAGUCACAGAUUGAAAUCUAUUUUAACUAAAAAUAUUAGAUAUUGAAACUAUGCCAUGAAUAUUAUCCGCUCAUUUACAAUUUGGUGUCGGCAAGACAUUUGUUAAAAGUUAGAGGAACAAUCAAACGGGUACAAAGUUGUGUAAUUCUGAAAAAAAACAUCUGGAGGGACAUCUCCAACUAAUGGUUAGGUUAAGGGCGCAUUCACACAACCUUCGUUUAGUCCGGUUGAACCGAACCGUGGAGCGUUUACCCCCUUGGUGCGGUUCGUUUGGGUCGGUGUGAAUGCUGACCUCAAACUCUGGUCCGCCUGAAGAGGUGGUCUCGGACCACUUUCAAGUGAACUCUGGAGCGGUUCAUUUCUGGUGUGAACGUCAUCCACACCAAUCACAGGAAACGCACCAUACACUCUCAUUAAUGCCUGUCACCGUCUCGUCUUUAUCCGUCUACUCCGGAAUGUAAAAAUUAAUGCCGCAGUUCGCGCUUGAUGGCUAACAAACCGUUCACAUGCACGAUUGACUAGCGUCUUUUGAUACGCGCUCCAGAUGAGUAGUAAAAGCUAAAUCAACCUACGAUGCUCCAUCACAGGUGAAGACAGCAGAGCGGGGUUUGUAUUCCCGCAUAAACUAAUGACCAAUAACCGAACGAUGUUCGCGGUCACGUGACUUCCGGUUCCGUUUUUACGUUGGAGCGAUUGAGUUUGUCCUUUGAGAACGCAAACCGGACCAGUUAAACAAUCAGCACAAAUGUAUCGUCUUGCCUUGGAUUCGAAUCAGGAAAAGGACCUUUAGGUGUGAACAUGACCUAAUUCCCAACAGGUUAGUAAAAUGACUGAGAGGCUGAGUCUCUCAGAAGAAAAGUGGAAGAGGUUCACCACUCAGUGAGAGACUGUGCAAGCUAAUAGUUCAACAGUUUCAGAAAAUUGUGCCUGAGUGUCAAAUAUGAAAGAAUGAGUGGAUAUCAUCAUCUACAGAACAUAACCUCAUUAAAAGACUCAGAAAAUCUGGAGAAAUCUCUGUACUAAAGGGACAAGGACCAAAACCAAGACUGGAUGGUUCUAUCUUCUGACCCUUAAGCAGCACUGCAUUAUAAACAGACAGGACUCUGGAGUGGGAACCACUGCAUGGACUCCAAAUCACUUCAAAAACCGUUGUAUUGUGAACACAGUUCAUCACUGUAUCCACAAAUGAGGUUAAAACUGGACCAUACGAAGAGGAAACCAAAUAGAAACAGGAUCCAGAAACACCAGAGACUUCUCUGGAGCUGAGCCCAUUUCAGGUGGACUGACGAGAAGAGCAAAACUGUCCUGUGGUCCGACCAAUCAAAAUCUGACAUUCUUUUUGGAAAUCUUGGAUGCUGUAUCCUCUGCUCUAAAGAAUAGAGAACUCACUUACAUUUACCAUUUAUUUAAGUGUUUGUGAAAGAAGAGCUAAAAACCUCAUCCUGGCUGGAACUACUUUUUACAAACAUGUUGGUGACAGCAUGUUUAAGAUGAGCAGAGAUUUUUUUUAUUCAACAAUAACAUUUUUCAGUUUCAGCCUCUGUCCCAUCAUCUCUGGAGUGAGAGUAUAAAAACUGAUCACAGGUCUUUCUCAAUAAAAGCAGAUUAACAGUGGGACCCUCUUAUAGGGGUCUUGUUAAUCAUUUUGACUGACAGCUGCUCAAAUAUUACCUGUCUCGGUCUGUGGAGCUGGAGGCUGCUGGUCUGCUGAUUAUCCCUUAUCUCUUUAGUCAUCUUGUCUCAUGAUGAAGUGAAGUUUUCAGGUUGUUAUCCAGCAGCCUGCAGGCAGAUAACUCUGCUAUAACCAGAGGUGACAGAAAACAACAGCACAGAUAACAUCUGGAGAAUAACAAACAGCUCAACAUACAGACUCUGUGAAAUGUCCCACCCCAGAAGGGUGUUUUUUACUUCCUGAAGCAACACUGACGUAAGUUGUUGUUGAGAGGUUCAGACAUUAGAUGCAUAAAAUAUGUAUGAGGAGUAGAUAUGUUGUUCUUGACGGCUACUCUUUGGAUUACAAGCAGUUCAAAUUUUAAAACUGACUUUAAGUGAAGCUGCUGGUGGAGGGAUUUCCGUCUUUUUUUUUGCCAACAGGAGACAUGUCCCUGUCUGUGCCCUCAGUCACCUUUAGAUAAAACAGCUCUAUAUGAACUAAACAAAUCAAAUCAAGUCUGGUGGAUUGAAACAUGCUGACUCAGGACCCUCAGGCCAAUGUUUACAACAGGGUGCAUGAGAGUUCCUGUAAAGACAGAGGGCACAAAUCUCACUGUUUCACCACCAUCACAAUAUUUCCUGACAGCAGCCACACCAACCAGACUCUCUGCAGCAUCUCUGCGGACUAGGCCCCGAUGGAUAUGGAUUUUUUUGGGGCCAAUGCUGACACCGAUUAUGAGGGGGAAAAAAUCUGAUUAUCGAUUAAUCGGCCGAUUUUUAAUUUUUUUUUAUGAAGUUAUGAAAAAAAAUAAAUAUAUAUAUACUGUAGAUAUACUUUAGGCUACUGGUCUUCAAGCCGACAGGAAAACUGAAUGAUCAAAGUCGGACUAGAAAAGCGUUUUCAACUACCGGUCUCGGUGUGAAAGGACCAUGAAUCAGGGAACUUUUUAAAUGGUGGAACCAUAGACUGUAUAAAGAAUGGACAGAGUCUGCCUCCUUGCUGGGUGAAGCCACUCCGAGAACAGCACCCUCUGGUGAUGGGCUGCAGUAAAGGUCAUAAAUCCCGCCUCCUCCAGCAAACCUUGUGGAGCUGUGGACAAACUUUAGAAAUUUAUUACACAGAACAUUAUUUUUUCUCCCCCCUGCUUGCGAUGUUGACAUGUAGUUACAGUUAGACUGGUUUGUGCUCAAGUCCUCUUUUUUUUCUGUACAGCUCCAUUUUUAAAAGUUAUUAGGGGGUUCAUGUUUUUUUUUUAUUGACACCUGAUACAGCCUAUGGGUGUUCAGGGAUUGCGUAGCUCUCCCGGGGGAUACGCUGUUUGAGCCAAGCGUCAUCACAGCGACCCUCUGUGACUGCGUAGCCGAAUGUGCGCAUCGCUACUGCGCAGCGCUGGUUUCAGGAAAUCUUAUUCUCCGCAUUUUAUUUCUGAAAAUAUCAGUGAAAAUGGCGAGUUUUGGCCGAUUACCGAUUAGUCUCAAACGAGCUAAAAUUGGCAGUACUGCAGACAUUCAAUUCAAUUCAACAUUUGUUUAAGGUAUUUAAGUCAAGCUUUUAGUCUGGGUUUGUAAUGUAAAUGGAUACCGGUUUUGCACAUCAGUCAUUGGUCUCAUAGAGGACUGAUAACCAGUAUUAGUAUUGGCCUUGUAAACCAGUGUGGGUUGACCCGUAGAAAAAGCUGCCCACUGUUGAGAGUGGAAACAUGAAUUCAUGCCUCAGGUCUGCUUUCUGACUGGCAGAGCUGAUCUUUGUUAAAAUCUGUCCCUCCUCCUGGUCCCCUCCUCAGGUCCUGAGGUCCAGAUGUAAAGGUGUUGGCUGACCAGUGACUGUCUUCAUUUUUGUCUUCCUUCAUUAACUCAUCCAGCAGACCCCCCCUCCCCAUGUCAGCACAGACACCUGGCCUGUCACGUCCUGCUCCUCACAUCUCUACCUCAGGUCCUUUUUGAAUAAAAAAAAAAAUGCCACAGCAUGCUCUGUGUGAGGAGAGGUGUACAUGUUCAGAUAAAUACUAACAUGCAUCCCAGUUACAGUGGAUAUAAAAAGUCUACACAUCCCUGUGCAACUGCCAGGUUUUCAUGAUAUAAGAAAAUGACAGCAAGAUAAACAUUUUCACAACUUCUUCCACCUUUAAUGUGACCUAUAACCUGUAAAACACAAUUGAAAAACAAACAGAAAUCUUUCAGGGAGGUGAAGUAAAAAUAAACAACUGAGAUCAUGUGGUUGCACAAGUGUGCACACCCUUUAAUAACUGGGGAUGUGGCUGUGUUCAGAUUUAACCAAUAACAUUCAAACUCAGGUUAAAUUGGAGUCCGCACACACCUGUCACCAAUUAAAGUGCCUCUGAUUAACCCCAAAUUAAGUUCAGCUGUUCUAGUAACUUUUCCUGACAUUUUUGUAGACACAUCUUCCAGCACAAGUCAUGGUCCACAGAGAGCUUCCAAAGCAUCAGAGGGAUCUCAUAUUGCAUGAACAGGGGUAUGUGGACUUUCUAUAUCCACUGUAUCUCUGCUCAGAGUAGAGGUGGGCGGGGCAUGGAUUGGAUUUGUGUGACAUCAUGACUUGGAGCUCGAUGUCCCAGAGAUAACCAAAGCUGUGAAAACUCUCCUCAUAAGUCAAUCUCUCUGAACACGCCCACACAGUCAGGGCUGAUUUGUUGUCAGGAGAAGGAAUCUGUUCAAGCCCCGCCCCAUCCACAUGUACAUGAUAUCAGAGGAGAGGCAGCUGUUUUUAGGAGCUUUUCUGACCACAAAACCCUGACAACCUAACAGUGACGCACACUUCCCCUCAGGUUAAACAGGACAAGUGUUCUUGUGUAAUACAAGGCGUCUGAUUUAAAGACAUGAAAUGCUUCCUGAAGUUCUAAAACUGUAAACACUGGUAGAAAAUAGAGUCUUUAAAGUGAGAUUUAGAUAUCUAAACAGGAAAUGAGUUCAGAGGCAGCUCUGUUACUGUCACAUAUCAAAACAGCUGUACCUGAAAAGAGACCAAAGCAAAUCCUCCAGAGCUCCACAGGUGUGCAGAUUGGUUCUGAAUCUGCCCUCUGAAAGAACAUGAGUUGUCAUGUUCCUCUGUUUCAUUAAUAACACCUUCACUUCAUACCUACAACUCAUCCACAGGUGACAGGUGAGGACAUGAACUCAUUAGAGCAGAGGAAUCUAGUGGGUGUAGGUGAGUGGCUCAGAGCUGACAGAUGAUGUAUUGUUGAUAUCUUAAUCCCGGUUCUGCUCUUCAUCAGGUGGCCGAGUGUGCUGCCCAUCCUGGAUCCAAAGUAUGCGGUCAAGAAGAUCAUCAAUGCCGUGCUGACAGACCAGGUGUACCUGCUGAUGCCCAGGAGCAUGUACUUGAUCACUGCGCUUAAAAAGUGAGUGUCAGACUGUCCUUUCACUGAGCUGAGCUGAUGCUACACACCUUUAACUUCACCUGCGCACUCACUGUUCACUGUUUCUGCUCUCUCAUCUAAAACACUCAUACAGCAGCCAUCUUCCUCUGAUGUAAGGCUCAGGCUGGAGGCUCACGUGCUGUUUUGAUAACUGUAUACUCUAAUGCUGCUGUUACAGGUUGAAAGUCACUUAAAGGCAUGGUUAACAACUGGAGAGAUUGGUAAUUAAUGUGAACCUCGUUAAUACGGCGAUCAUGGUCCUAUUGUGCGAUGUCAACAAAGUGAAGAGAAAAAAUAAUGGAAAAAAAAUCUGUCCAUCCUAGCAGGUGCAGGGCUGCAAAAACAUUGACCAAUGGGAGCCAUCCGUCCCAGACAGCUCCUAUUGGUCAAUCUCCUGCCCCACCUCUCUAUCUAAUCACCUGGCUGUAUACACCCCUCUCCCGUAGUUCCGACGCGUCCCCUCCCACUCUACCAGCCCUCCUCAGAGCUCUGAGCGGCUAAAAGUAGUGAAGCAGCUUAGCUACAGGAGCUGAGAAGGAGAAGAACAGAAAAAAACACUUCUGCUUGCCCCACCACCUAUAGUGGGAAGAAAACACAAGCCGACAGAAGAAAGGACAGAGUCGAAGAGGAAAUUUGACCAAGUGAGGAAUCGAACUCGAAUAAACAUCGGGUCAUCCUCCAAGGUGGAGAAAGCUCCACCAGGAUUUGGGCCUAAAAACAGACACCGAGACAGCAGAGUAUUUAUUGAAAUGGUAACUUUUAUCGCCUUUUAUCGUGUCACAUGUUACAUAAAUAACUCUUAUCAGUCUCUGCAAUGUCAACACGGUAGCUGUCCAGGCUAUUUGAAGCUAGCGUAGGAUCUUCUGCCGGCUGGCUUCUCGCUCUGCCAGAGGUGGUGUGUCGUGGGGAGGGUGAUACAGGUUCAGGGGGGAGUUAUCGAGGAGCACAGAGGAAAGAGGUUUGUGUGUGGGAGUUGGGGCGUUUUUUCAAAUCUGCCUCAACGAUCGUCAACCAUGCCUUUAAAUUUCAAGUGGCUACAAAGAAGAAUAGUAGUGAAAAUCUGAAGCAAUUUGGCCUCAUUUCAAUGAUGGAACUGAUGCUACCUGGUGGAUGUAACAAAAAAUUGAAGCCCUGAGUCUAAAGGUCUGUACACACCGGGGCUGACACAAACGUAGAACGUGAAAUCACGAAAUAUUCCGAGGCGAAUUUUGACGGGCCUGACUAUACACAUCAAGCCUGUUGCGAUUUUGCGACUUUCUGGGGGGGAAAAGACGUGUCCCAGGUGGAAGUGAGAAAACUGACACAACAGCAGACUGACUGUUUUUCAGUUCUGAUUUGACACUAGUGUUGAGAUGACUGUCUGUCAUGAUAGCAUGUACUGAGUCGGGGCCAGUACCAGAUAAUCACAUUAAACUAUAAUCCAUAAACGUAAGGUAACAACUGAGACCUAAUGGUGCUGUGACAGCAACACUGUGAUUGAGUUUGAGACAGUGAAAAUACUUAUGGUAUGUUGUAUCUGAACAGGUUAGCUUACGAGCUAAAGUUACUUAGCACAGAUGAAAGUUAAAACAAAGACGUCUAGCAAACUGUUAAAGCACACAAACUAUCCUUCAGGUCGUUAUCGUUGUAAUAUUUGUGUCUUUUAUCAAAAAGCACUCUGAUCUCUGACACGUAAACAAUCGGCCGGUCGGCCAUGUUGGAUAUACCAGUGAAUCAGACGUCACAACAACACCUAAUCUGAUCAGAUCAGAUCAGGUCAGAAGUUGAAACACAGUAUGCGAAACUUUAGAAAUAAUCGUAUGAGAAAAACACUCCCGGCGUGUAAGGACCUUAUGCCUACAUUUAUUUGGGAUAUGGAAGCUGCUUCCUGAAUGGUAGAAGUGGCCUUGACCAGACAAUGAGGCUAUGAAAAUAAAGCUGGAAUAUGAAUUGUAGAUCAGUGAACUCAUAAAUUUAUCAUUCUAUCUGUGAGUUUAUUUAUUAUUAUUUUUAUUAUUUUUUUUUACAGCCCUGUAAGAGCCCAACCUGUCAUGUGAUUAAAAAAAAAAAAAAAAGUAAUAAAACCCAAAAUGUAACUAUGUCACUUUUUAAAUUCAAGCAUUCGUUGAAGCACAGUAAUCCUCCUGAAUUUGGUCCUCAUUUGCAUCCAACAGGGUCCAAGCAUCACAUACAGCAAAGUUAUAUUUUGCUGCUGUCCCUAUAAAUUUAUGUUUAAUUUAUUUUUUCAUCUUUUUGUUACAUAUUUAUCAAGAAGCCGAACAGUCUUCAGAUACAUUUAAACAAUUCUACAGCCUGUUACAGCAGCAUCCAAUCAUAUCACUGACAAAAUGACCUUUAAAGAGAAACAGACGCCUUGUGAACAUGCUGCUCUUCUUCUUCUUCUGUCUCUUACCUUCACUCUAAUCUGACUCCUGAGCAUGCUCACUCACUCUGAUGUAGACGGGUUACCAGGUGUGUGUUUGCUGUGUCUGUUUGCAGAUGUUGUUUGACUGUCGUUUUACUGUGCUAUUAGAGGAAAACACUCAACCUCAAAUGUCUCCUGAUGCUAAAGCCUUUCAGUGUGUGUGUGUGUGUGUGUGUGUGUGUGUGUGUGUGUGUGUGUGUGUGUGUGUGUGUGUGUGUGUGUGUGUGUGUGUGUGUGUGGCCUAUUUUUGGUGGUUUUCACUUCACUUUUUUCACUUUCACUAGGAAAGCAGCUCAUAAAUCAGUGAGAUUUGUCAGCUGUAUUGGCGUGCAUAUAUUCGUCUUGACUGAGAAAUGUCAUCUUGCGCACAGAAUUGUAGCGAUGAGUGCUGUAAGUGUGGUGCUAUAAAGUGGUUUGUCCAGCAGAGGGCAUGCUGGUUCAGGUAGGUAACUGUCCUCUCAGCAGCACGCUCUGCAGCACAUGCAGCAGACCAUCAGAGCUGCAUAGGCCCGUUUGAACUGGACCUGUUUUACAGAGGUUAACGCUGUCAGGUAUUUAGUCUGGAUUAUAGAGCAUGAUAAUAUGACAAAGCUUCAUCCAGGGGAGAGUCAGGCUCAGGGUGAGGAUGACUCAUCCAAACCUCUCUCAUUUAGGGGUCCAGGUCCAGGUCUUUCACAGCUGAUGAUGUGUUUCCAUGGCGUGGUUACGCUGUGUUACAGCUGGUGGAGUAAUGGUUGACCUGCUGUGAUGAUUAGCUUUCCAGAGAGAGGUCAGAAAGGUGUUGUGGUCAUCAUCAGACCGACCCUGAGAGUCGUUCGUCAUCUCCAACAACAAGCUGAGUCCAUCUGUGAUCAGCUCUGUCAGCAGAGAGCUUAUUACAGCUCUCGGGCUUUACCCAUAUUUGGUGUUUCCUGUCUCCUAUCCAGUUAAAUAAGUGUACACCACCUCUGUUCAUCAGAUCUGCGUUAUUACAGAGAAGUGAGUGUACCUGACAAAACAGGGACAAAUCUGCACACAGAACAGAUGAUGCAGAUCACUGAGUCGGAAACCAGUCGUGGUGCUGACUGCCUUUGAUGUGUUUGACUUACUACAGCUCUUCAAAAUAAAAGUAUCCUCGUUAUAUGACCAAGAAUAAAGUAAGCUAAGACUGUGUCCAAGUUUGUGGCUCCCUCUAGAUUAUGAAUAAAAAUGGAUCCACCCUGGAGUCGUUGUUUCCCACUAUGCACUGUGAUGGUCACUAACUGAGCGAUAAAUUACAUCAUGCAUUGCACUGUAAUUAUUUUUAUUAACAUUUCAGGUCAUUGUUACAUAUCGGGUUAUUAAUGAAUUAUUGACAUGAAAUAAUUCAUCAUAAAUUAAGUAAAUAUAAAUAGCAAAUGAACAAUCAAGUGUAGUCAGCUCUCUCACAUUAUUUUCAAACAAUUAUUUGUCCAAAUAAAACAUUGGGAGUCUAAAGUCAUCUCCGUGAACACCAUCCAGCAUCAUUCGCCCAAAAUCAAGGUAAAAACAACAUGACCACAACAAGUUGGGUCUACUCUACUGCUUAUUAUUGACAACGUUAGUGACGUUUCUGCUAACUUAAGCUCCAAACAGCUAAUGCUCCCAACCUCACGUUAUUGCUCAUAUUGUUUGUGCGUGUCAUGCUGUGCACAGAGAAGUGAUUUCGCAGUUUUUUGCCAUUUUUAAUAACGUUAAAAGCAAUGCGCUAAUAUCGUGAUAAUAUCGUGAAUCGUGAUAUUUUGGGCCACCAAUAUCAUGAUAUCAGAUUUUUCAUAUCGGCACAUGCCUAUUAUAGACACAUCAGUAUCUUUACACCUUAUCAAAAGUGCUGAAUUAAACACAUGCUCCGGGAUUUUUUCCUUUCAGCUGUACUUUCUCUUCCUCUUCUGUGCAAACUCAGAACAACACUGAACAACAGUCCACACAGCUGUAACUGAGGAGUUUAUUCUAAUAGUUUACUCCUGAUACCACCUUCACAAACUCUGUUGCUGAUACUGGUAUGAUGCAGAAAUCAUUGUGCAUCACUGGUUUAAAGUGAAACUUAGCUGGAGUGCUAUCCUCUCGCCAUCAUUUCGACAUGAUCAGAAGUAUCAUCCUCAUCAUUUCCCUUCAUGAUCCCUGUGUGUGUCUGCAGCACUGGGGUGGUGAACCUCUCUGAUCAGAGAAAACUGUUUUAUAUCUACAAUCAAUAAGGUCUGCUCACAGGCUGUCUGAUAAAUCCGAUUUUAAUAUAACAGUACUCAGGAGGAGGCAGCUGUGUCAUGUGGUGUUGCUGAAUAACAAUGCUGAAUGCACAGCUGACAUAUCUGUAUUUUUAUCUGAAUAUCUGUCCCCCCAGAGUCCUCCAGUGGAAACUCUUUGUCCUCCUCUGCUCCUACCUGGGACUGUUAAUCCAAGUAGAUUACCACAAUAAUCUCAGUCUGCACCACAAACUUCACUGACCUACGAAUGAAAUCAUUUUGUCACAACCUUUCCUAUGUUUGUGUUUGUUUUGGGGCUCUGAAGGUCUGUUCUCACAAAGAUAUGAGUAAAAGCAACAGCCAUGACCAUCAUAUACAAAAACAUCACAAUAGAAUUAUAACGGUGUAAAUAAUCAUGUCAAAUCCAUACAGAGGAAAGGUCUGGGGGUUUGCUGAGUAUGAUCGUUUGUGAAAAGAUACUGGUUAGAAAUACUGCUGAUGAACCAGCACCAUCAUUUUCACAUAUUCUGAGGUAAUGGAGAUAAGGAGUCAUUUGAUGCUAUCUCAGCCAAUCAGAGAUAAAUAGACGCUUUAGAAACUGUUAAACCAAACUCCAUUCAAAAUCAAACUGGAUUAGAUUCAAGCGUCUCCCUGCAGUCAGUCCUGACAAAUCCUUAAUUCUAACCUCAGUAGAAAUCUGCUCAUUGAUGUGAUUACUUCAGCUUCCCGUCAGCCUGUGUAUUGUCAUUAGUUUAGAGUUAAGUCUGAGUUUGUAUCAGGACACGUUUUAGCUGACAGUGGUGUCAGAUUUUAGUCAAACUGAGCUCUCGUCAUCUUCAAGAAAAUUGUUCUGAAAAUAGUCUAAGAGUUUAAAUAUUCAGAGACCAUCCCUCAUUUAAGCCAUGUGACAUUGACCAUGUUUUAGAGACAGAGGAGAGCUGUUGAGCUGUGUUGGGACAUGGCAUCAGUUCAGAGAUGACCAUGAACGAAGUGAAAACAAAGCUGAAGGUGUCAAGUGUUUUUCUAUCAGACAGGUGUGCCGCGAAUGAGUCCCACACGUCAGCUCAAAAAUCAAACCAACAGCAACAUGUGAAUGGACUCGGACUGAUAAUGUGUUUGCUCUGAUUCAGUCCAAUAUUAAUGAGUCACAGCUACAGCUACAGGUGACCAAGAGUUUCACCUUGCCCCUUCAAAAUAAAAGUCCGCUGAUCAGUGUCAGAGAUGUUGCUUUGCUCUCAGACUUUCAAACAGACUCAAAGAGCUGUAACUGCUGUUCUGUGUGUCCUUUGUGGGAAGCACUGCAGGUCUGCUGUUAGCUGGGCUCUUAUUGUUCAUUACUGGUUCACACAUACUGAGUAUAUAAGAGGGAUUUCCCCCUGUUGCUGUCACACAGGUGUGUCUUUACAUGCCUGCACACAGAGGUGUUUCAUGCCGUGUGCUGCACUCUGCACUGUGUGGUGAUGUCUGUUGGGGGGGGGUCUGUAGCAGCAGGUUCUCACUGAUGCUCACUUUGAUACCUGUCUGUAUUUAUUUAGAUGCUGAGUAGCUGAAGUUGAAGCUAAGAUGCUUCUGUCUGUGGUUUGUUGUGUUGUCAUUGUGUCUGUAGCGUUUGAAAAGUGUGUAAUAAAGUUUGUAUUUUGAUAUGAAUGGUGUGUUUUUGUAAUUUAGUUUGCGGUUCAGUAUGUGACUCGUUUUGAAGUCAUGGUUUGGUUCAUUCUUUUAUUUAAGAUUGACCAAACUUCCCCUUUACAAUGUCUUAAGUGCUGCAGCAAUAAUUUUGCCCUGCUGGCCUGCUCAUAUUUCUUUCACAACAUGAAAGUUGAAACAUGUUUAGAUCACACUGAUUCAGAUCCAUGAAUUUGAUCUCCAAAGGCUGUAUAAUCUCAAGUUCUUUCUAAGGUAAGAAACCUCAGUGUUAAGGCUCUUUCUACUGAUUCAGCUAAUUUAGGUCUGCAAGAACGGACUCUUUCAACUCUUAAGGUACUGACACACCCGGGCCAAUGCUAAUAUACAACACGAAAUUACGAAAUAUUCUGAGUCGGGGCCAGUACCAGAUAAGCACAUUAAACUAUAAUCCAUUAACGUAAGGUAGCAACUGAGAACUAAUGGUGCCAUGACAGCAACGCGAUUGAGUUUGAGACAGUAAAAAUACAUAUGGUAUGUUGUAUCUGAACAGGUUAGCUUAUGAGCUAAAGUUACUUAGCACAGACGAAAGUUAGAACAAAGAAGUUUAACAAACUGUUAAAGCACACAAACCAUCGUCAUAUGAGAGAUCCAACGCUAUGACUCUCCACACCUUGUCCUUCAGGGGGGUAUUCCACGAAGCUGGCUUAGCUCAAAGCCUGGCUAAUUUCAGUUAGCUUGGCUAAUUUUGGUGAGAGUUCCGUUUCACAAAUGAGGCUUAGGGCUAGCGUGGCUUGGUAACCAUGGUAACUCAGCCAGUGCGACAAGCCUGGUCCCAGGCAGGCUUACGGUCAAGCUAACCUUAGCUGCGUCUCAGAGAAGGUCCGACGGGCUUCCAGAAGACGCUUUGUGAACCACAUGUCACACAGUAAUUUCAUCUUCAUCUGUAAUAAAUGAUGCUCAUGUUCGGAAAAAUAAAUUGAGAGCUUUUUAAAACAACAUAGGAGUACGUGAAUCCGGACAUGCCCAAUACUACGCCAACCUCAAAGACAAAGAGAAAUUCAGUAGCUGAGUGGGUAAAGAGAAGUGCCGGUAAAAUGUGUUUUUCACUGCUCUGUGGGUUCGAUCCCGUCAGCAGUAAUAAUUUUGAAAUAUCUGAUUUUCUUUCUUUUAUUUUGUGACUCUCAAUGUACCGUCAACACAUAACAGAAUAAAGUCACAAACGAUCUCAUCCAAAACACUGAAGACGACAACAGCAACAAUUUCCCAUUAAAAAAACCUUCCUUUCACCAGUGGUCCAUUCUGGUUAUGAUGAUGAUAAUGUAAAGGUGAUGGCAAAUGACAACAUGACUACUCUGUGUACAAGCUCAUUUGUGUCUUCGCCCUUAUUUAAAUGAUAAAAAUAAUAAUAAAAAUAAAAGAAACUUUCAUUUAAAAUAACCCAUUUAUCUAAUGUCCUCGCAUCCUUAAAAUUCUGUGAAUAUUCAAUCUGGAGUCAGGCUUACAUACGAAUAUUAUAAUAUUCAGUUGUGCGAGCUAAAAUCAUUUUCUAUGCCAACAUCAAUGAAAGAAAGAGCCAGGCCAUGGAGCGCAAUGCGAUCCUUUACACACAGGUAGUUCCGAUUUUAAUGCCAUUAUUGGAAUUGAUGUUGUGAUCUGUGCACACAACCCACCUUUGUCACUUGAGGUUUGAAUAUAUCCAACUUUAUGCGAGUGUCUUUAUUUAUGAAAACGGUUUUCUUACCAGUGGGUCCAACCUUACACACACCAAAUCCAUCUGCGCAUAUUUUAGAAAGUGUGCAGGACGCCCUCUGCAGCGCUUACAGUGACACUUGUUGAGGGGCUGCCUUCUGUUGCCAUCGUGUGACAUUACUGUCUUUAGACAUCUCUUGAUCUCUUCGACUACUGCACGAAAAUUGUAAUACGCCUCGCAGGUGGCGUAUUUAAAGGUGAGGAGAGGAGCUGAUCUGUUUGGCAAAAACAGGUCUCGGCUGUGUUAAACCCACUCCACACCCUCUCUAUGACUUACGCCGCUGGGAGGAGCUGAGUUAGGGAGGGGGGAUACUUACGCCGGGCUGCGCCACUCACCAAAAUACCAAAAUGUGCUUGGGCACGCCGUGUCAGCACUGCAGACUUGACUUACGCUGCACCUACGCCAUGCUGCCGGUGAGGCUCAAAAAGCAGACUGAUAGCAGACUUAGUACAUCUCCAACUGGCACACUUAAGACAUUACCUCAUAAAAUGUUGUUUAACAUGCUUUUAUUCUAAGAAGUUACUGUAAUUUUGGUUUAUUUAAUUUCUGCAUUGUGAAACUAUGCUUUAACCUUGAAGUAUACUUCUUCUGAUCACUCAUAAGUUACUGUAAUAAAUGGAAACAUUUUAAGAACAGUUAGAAAGUAAUAAUGUUUCAUUGAAGUGUAAUCCGAAGAGAGAUAAUCUCAAAUGUUUUUUAGAUCCACAAUAAUUCUUGUAAAUCUGGAGUUGGGAAAGUAGAGGGAUGCUAAAGCUAGCCUGCUAGCUGCCGCUGCUUCCUCAUCUCUCCUCUGCUUUAUGUUGUCUGGAUGAAUGAGACCUCGAGUAUUUUAUAAAAUAUUAGAGCCUCAGAGCUUUAUUCAUUUAUUCAUUUAUUUUUUACUGUUUCAGUCCUGGCUGUGUGUCGGUUUGGUCCAGUUUUAAAUGAAUCUAUAACCUAUGACUGACAGCACCUCUCAGAGUCCUCUGCUGUGUCUCUGUGGUUUAAUCCCAACUGUGUCAGAGAUAUAAAGUUGUCCUAACAGAGAAGAUGAUGAAAUGAUCAGUAAAAUCACAAAGGAGAACAAACUGCCAGCAGACACAGAAAACACAGACAUAAUAAGAAGAGUAAAUCAGACGUCACCCGCGUGUCUCUGAGUAUUUAUGAGCUUCAGUAAAGAGCACAGCCAGGCCUAAAGCUGCUACAAAACACCCAUCAGAGCCCACCACAGCCCAUCAGACUCUACGGAGCCCAUCAGAGGCUAUCAGAGCCAAUCAGGGCCUCACAGAGCUCGUAAGUGCUCAUCAGUGUUACAGAGACGCUGUGAGGGUUCAGGGCAAUGGACAUAAAUCUGAUCAGUAUUACACUCCUGGAGUGUGAAAGUGUUCUUCUCAUGAGUACUUUGACACACAGAGUGUUGCGGGUUUUCAUAGAGGAAUAACCUACAGCGAGCGUUUGCUGGAGAGGAUGCUGUUUGUUCUGAUUUAAACAUGUCUGAGCUCCUUUCAUGUGUCUCUCUCUGCACAGGGACACUUUUUCGCAAUUUUUAUAAACUUCAAUGUCCAAUAAGACAUGAGAAAGUCUGAGCCAGACAGAGAGACUAAUGCACGCUUUUAUAACCAGCAGGCUUGACUACUGUAAUGCUCUUCUCUCUAGUUUACCCAAAAGCACAAUAAACCAGCUACAACUGAUCCAAAACUCUGCUGCUAGAGUUUGGACUAGGACCAGGGGAAGAGCUCAUAUUACAUCCAUUUUAAAGUCUUUGCACUGGCUGCCUGUUAGUUUUCACAUUGAUUUUAAAAGUCUUUAACUAGUUUAUAAAGCUCUACAUGGCCUGGCACCAGAAUACCUUUCAAAGAUGAUUUUAAUUUAUGAACCAGGGCGGCCUCUCAGAUCCUCUCAAUCUUCUCUCUUAGUCAUUCCACAGAGCAGAUCAAAAUUUGGUGAUGUUUCUUUUAGCUGCUAUGCUCCAAAACUGUGGAACAAACUUCCAGAGGGUCUGAGACAAGCUGCAAAUAUUGAAAUCUUUAAACGUAACCAAAAAAUCAUCUAUUUAGCCUGGCUUUUAUGUAAAGCUUCAUUAUUUUAAUUACUAUUUUUAUUUAUUUAUUUUUUAAUAUCACUUUUUACCUUCUUUUAUUAAUAAAUUCAAGUUCAUAUUUUACUGUCUGUUUUAGUCUAUUUUUAUAACUUUUAUUUUUCUUGUCCUGAUGUAAAGCACUUUUAGCUGCAAUUUCAUUUGUAUGAACAGUGCUAUAUAAGUAAACUUUGAUUGAUUGAUUGAUUGAUUGAUUGAUUGAUUGAUUGAUUGAUUGAUUGAUUGAUUGAUUGAUUGAUCGAUGAGUUGGAUUAUGUUGCAACUCAAUCCUUAAAAGGUCAAAGUAUGUCAGUAAAAGGAAAUGUGCAAGCUGUCAUAGUGGGCAGAGCCAGGCCAGAAGUCAGUAAAUCAUAGUGGGGCUGGGUGAUAAAAUGAUAACGAUAUAUAUUGAAAAUUAAUUCCCCUCAGCAUAGUCAAUAUGCUUUUUGAUAGUCGGCAUUCUGCCAUUUUUUGGUAAACUUUACAAAUAGCCAACGAAAAGGGGAGUUGGUCCGGGUCCGGGUCAUGUGCAGAAUUAGAACCAAGUAGUAAACAACUGUGUAGUAGCAGGCUGUAGCUACACACAACCAUAGCACUUUAACACGUGAAGCCGGCAGUGCUGUUGGUGAGAAAAACAGAAAUGAGUGCUACUCCGGCAGAAAUGCAGAUAAAGGCUCAACAGAUGAUGACAUCGUCGACAGUACACAAAAAUGUCAGUGGUGUGGAGGUAUUUUGUUUUCGGUCAAACAGGUCGGACGCAGAGUAGUGUGCAGGUCAAAUUAUGUUGUGUACAUGUUCUCGCAAAGUCGGGGAUCACCUCAAAUCUUUUUCACCACCUGAAGCAGUGCCACAUGGCAGAGUACGCACAAUGCAAAAGAUUACAAACCCCAAGCACAGCAAGAAGCCCAUGGUGCCUGUGCAGCCGAAACUGCUGACCAUUCAGUUCGCUUUCUCUAGCGCAACGCCUUACGACAAAAACAUCGAAGAGACACAAAUAUCUCACAGAUGCAGUAGUGUACUGUAUUGCAAAAGACGUGGUACCAAUAAGCACUGUUAAAUUUUAUUUUUUAUAUUGUGAUAUAUAUUUAUCGAUAUCGACUAUUAUGGCUUUCCUAGUGCCUCUAAAAAAGUCGCUGGAGACAGAGACUAGGUCCUGUAUAUGUGUUUGACAUGCUGCUGUUCCAAAGAAGCAUACAGUUCAUCAAAGGUUUCAGAGCUUUAAUAACACAAAAAAAAAAAAAAAACAUAUGUGUACACAUAGUGACGUGUAUCAUUGGAAACAAAAGAACAUAUGAAUUGCACAUGCGUGAAGCCGCCGCUGGUUGUUUAAAACCAAACAAAACUUUAAAAAAAAAACUUAAAAAAAUAAAUAAAAACCUCAGUAACUCUGCCAAAUUGUCUCAGUUGGGUCAUUUUUGCCCGUCCCAGGCCCGGCUAAAGGAGAAGGGUUGGUAUUGUGACAUUAAAAAAAAACAAGAAUCGACAGAAAAAAGUUAAUUUGGGGUGUUCUUUACUCACUUUUUGUCUCUCCCACGACAUUGUUCCUCUCCCCUACAGCAUCCAUUACAAUUUGGCCAAUUAUGCAAAUCAGACAAUGACGUCAUUUAGCAACUUCUAGCAACUUUUAGGACAGCCAGUAGCUACUUUCCUUACUAAGGAGUUGGCAACACUGUAUGUAGGCCACACUCUGCAUAUAGAGGAGAAAUACAGAGGACGGUCACGGAACAAGCGUGUGCGUUAGCAGAUUGCAAUGCUUGUAAGAAAGCUAACUAUGAUAUUAACUUUCAUCACAUCCCUAAAGACAUUAGUGUCCGAGAGCUGAAUAGCUCCUAUGUUACCUGCCACCUCUGUUACACAGGCAAUGUUAGGCUGCAAGCUAACGUGAAGACGAGUGUGCAGAGUGGCGCUUUCUCCGCCCAAAACUCAAAGGCGAAUUGCUAGUGAUCUACUGGAGCUCUGCGGAAGAAAAGCCUUUGAAAAUGACACAGAUAAUGUGAUUUUGGCUAAGAAUUUCAUAUUCAUAGUUUAAAGACCACUUACAGCACCUGAAGUAGUCAAAAAACGAUUGGAGUGUGACUUUAGGUAACUAGUUUAUUGGCCGUAAACACUUUUGUACUGAGUCUAAAAAAGUAUUUAAAUUUUUUGACCUCUAGAAGGCAUUCUGGUCAGAAAUAAGUUCAAAGUUCAAUCAAGACAUGAAACUACUUAGUUAUGGUUUUGUGUUUAGGCUAGUUCAGGUGUUUGUUAGCGUUAGCUCACACCAUAGCUGGUUGAAUUGCAUAAGUAUAUUACCUUUAGCACAUGUAAGCAUUAGCUCAAUACAGACACUGCGCAGGUAAAGUUAGUGUGAACUACACAAAACAACCACUAAAAGUUUUGAAAGAUGGUUUUUCCUUUGAGCUGAUGAUGGGUACAGCGGUCCAUCAACAAACAGUCACUUAUCCAUCUACACCACACCUGCCCAGAUGUGCAUAGCUGUGCAGGGGAGAGGGAAACUGAGUCUUUAUCAUCUAAAAGUAAGUUUAAAAGCACAGAGCAGCUGUUAGUCUGAGGCAGUAUGUGGUCAAACUAUUGAAGGAUACACUCUGUCUCUGUUGCAGAUUCCUUUAAAAAGAAUGAGUUUAGAUGUUCAAUUUCCUCUUUUUAUUGACUGGUCCUUAAGCAGCGAUCCGUCCUCAGCGCUGUCAGGACACUUUUUAGUUAUAUUGUCAUAAAGCGGCUCAUCAGACGCUGCAAAGAGGCCAGUGUUCAUCACUUGACCUAAAUGAAAAAGUCUAUGAAUAUAUCUUUUUGUUAAUAUUAUUGACACUGAGUGGUGCUGUCAGUGUCUCCCCUUCAGUAGUUUACUCUCUGACGGCUCUGAUAACACACUUCAGACAUCUCCUGUCGCUCUGGUUUGUUCUCUCAUUAUUCUCCGUCAGGAUGCUUUUGGUCGUCUAAUCACAGCCAAAGCCUCGUCUGUCUCCUCCGUUCAUUUUCCAUAAAAGCUUUUGUGCUGGGGUUUUUAAUAAUGUGUGGUGUUAUCAACCCCGUCUGAAUCUGUGAAAAGUCUUUGUCAGUGGAUUGUUCAUCAUUCAGCAGCUACUAACAGGAGCUGAAGGAUUCAUUCAGUCAGUCAGAUUAACAGCCUGUUUACCACAACCCUCUGUCCUCUGUUAGCUGUGUGACUCAAAUUGAGAUGUCCUGAAUUUGGCUGGUCUGAUUGUGGAGUUACACUCCGGCAGUUAAGAUUUUAAACUUCAUAAAGUUUCAGAGUCGGGGCUGAUAGAAAUGUAGUCUUGGAUUUUAGUGGCUCGGUCAGGCUUUAAAUCUCCCCAGUCAGAUAUUUCCCAUGAUAACCUGUCCCCUGCAGACCUUUAUAAACAGCACAUCAUGAUGAUGUAAUCCUGAUGAUCCUUGAGUGCAGCGCUUUUAUGUAUGUUUGGUUUAUACAGCCAGAAGUCAAUCAAUCAAACUUUAUUUAUAAAGCACUUUUCAUUCACAUAAUGUAGCACAAAGUGAUGUCCAUUCAAGCAGGAUGUUAAAAUAAAAUAAAUAUACAAAUACAAGUGACCAUAUUUGGGCCAGGGGGUGGAGCUAAAGGGGGUUAGAGGUGUGAAAUUAACAUUUCUAAAUCUAAUCAGUGGCCCGACCGAUUUAUCGGUAAGCAGAUUAAAUCAGUCAAUUUUAGCCCGUUUGAGACUAAUCAGUAAUCGGCCAAAACUCGCCAAUAUUUUUAGAAAUAAAAUACGGAGAAAAAGAUGGUAUGGUAGGGAUGGUAAAUAAACUAGUUUGUGAACUAGACAAGAGUCAACAAGUUUCAGUUCAACCCACUUCACGAUGUCCCCCGCUGUGCUGGUCUUGGUCACGCCGAGUUAACAGUGAAGCACCAUGUAAUAUGCAAGCUAAAGUUAGAGUUAGCCAUCUGCUAUUAGCCUUGCUACACUGUUAGCCGUGCCAGUAACGGUAGAAUUAACAUUAAUUAUAAUUAACUAUAAUAAUAAUUAAUUAUAAGCUAAGAAUUAACUGGACCGGAAAUGGGUAACGUGAGUUAUGACGUGGAGGCACCGAUCGGCAGCGGUGGCAGCUGGGGGGGUUGUUGAAAAUGCUUUUCUGGUCCAAGUUUGAUCAGUCUGUCUUCCUGUCGGCGUGAAGAGCAGUAGCCUACAGUAUACUGUAGAUAUCUACUCUAUAUUUAUAUUUUUUUAGAACUUAAUAAAAAAUUUUAAAAAUUGUCUGAUUAUUAGGUAAUCAGAUUUUUUUCCCCCCCUAAUAAUCGGUAUCGCAUCGGCCCCCAAAAAAUCCAUAUCGGUCGGGCCCUACUAAUCAGUCAGUAUGUUGACAUGAACAGCUGGGUUGAGCUGCAGUCAGAUCCGGAUCAGGUGGUUUACUGGAUUGGUCCAUGUCCCAGUACAGCUCUGACAGAGAUACUCAGAGUUUGAAUUGAAGUCAAACAGUAACAGUUCAUGGACAUUCAAAACCUUCAAUCAGUAUUUGUGCGGUGUUUUUCUGUACAAUAGUUUCGGACCGCCUCCCCAGUGUGGACACCCCCCCCCCGCCAAUUAUUAAAGAGUCAGACUGACAACCAGAAUCAGCCAGACAACCAGAAAGCUUACCAAUCUUUACUGCAAGCCAUGCUCUACAAUUACAAAUAUUUCAUAUUAUUACUCUUUCUGGCUGGUUUUCAAAGUAAAAGCCUGAUUUGUUUUUUUGCUUUUAUUCUGAAAGGGCAGUUAUCCGGUUAAUAAAGUAACUCAUUAAGCUCUUGGUUUGGCUUCUUGCUCAUUUUGGACCUCACCCUGUUCUCUUCAGUCUCUAAUAAACCUGAAUCUAAUACAGUGGUUCUCAAUCCAGUCCUCGUUAUUAAGCCAUUACAGAGCUUAAUAACGAGCUGAUCAUUUGAAUCAGGUGUGUUGGAACAAGGAAACAUCCAAAACAUGCAGGACAGUGGGCCUCAAGGACUGGACUUGAGAACCAUUGAUUUAGAGUAUGGAUAUUGCUGUAUACCAGUGUGUCCCAUGCUGAGGUGGCAGCAAAAAUGAUUUUUUUUUCCUAAUACAGUCCUGACAUGAAGAACAAUCAGAUGGACAGUGUUACUAGAGUGCAAGGAAGAGUAGCUUUCAGUUCUUUGAAGAAGUGCAUAUAAAUAAGAAGGAGCCAAGCCAAAAAGAACUUUGUCAUCCAGAGAGUGUACCUGCGAACAUCACCAUAGUCCAGCAAUGGAUGAAAGGUUGCAGAUACAAGGUAUUUUUCAAACACUGAGGGAAAAGCAGGAUUUGUUUCUGUUGUAUAAACCUCUUUUCAUCCCGAGUUUGGCCACAAAACUGGCAAUAUUUGCUUUGAAAGAAAGCUCAUGAUUAACAACCUUUUUGCAUUUCCUGACUAACAAUCCACGGGAAAUCACACUUCAAAAUAAAAGCAUAGUUCUGCAAUGUAGAAAAUAAACUGAAAAAUUAUGAAAAUUAGGCGAUGGCAUCAUCUAGGGACUUCUAGGACAGCCACUCCCGACUUUCCGUACUGAGGAGUUGGCAACGCUGAUCAACCUGUUUGGAUCCUCUGUUAUUUGAAAUAAUGCCCUUUUUCUCUUUAAUAAAUUGGAUCCAUCAUAGGUCUAUUUUUUUUUAAUUGUGUGGUUUCUAGAAGCUGACCACACAGGAGCACCACUUUUUUAUGAACAACAAAGAUCUGCUGAGAAUCUGCUUUUGUUCCUGCUUUUGUUCCUGUUUUAAACAAAAUGGUUGAUCUUCACUCACACUUCCUGGAGAAAUGAAAUUAAUACACAGUCAGACCCAUCCAUUACUGUGAUUUAAGGUCCUUACACACCGGGGCCGACUCGAAUAUAGAACGCGAAAUCAUGAAAUAUUCGGAGGUGAAUUUUGACGCGCCUGACUUUACACAUCAAGUCUGAUGUGAUUUUGCGACUUUCCGGGGGGAAAGUCCAGCCUCCUUCGCCUCUGAUUGGCUAGAAAAGCUGUAAACGUCAUCACACGCUCAAGCCCAACGGUCAGCACUUAUAGCCAAUCAGAGGCGAAGGAGGGCGGGACCUUCCCUUAAAAACCAGGUGGAAGCAAGAGGACAAAAUAGGAGUCUACUUCAACUUCAAGUAAUGGCGAAUUGGUACUCCUUUUGCUGUCUCAAAAGAAAAAUAAACGUAGCACAUUGGUGCAUCCAAUAUUACAAACAAGAAGAGAACUUAGUGAGUUUCAGUGCUUGGUUUAGGAGCUGAAACUGUACCACGGUUGCUGAUUGUUUUCAGUUCUGAUUAGACACUAGUGUUGAGAUGGCUGUCUGUCAUGAUAGCAAAUACUGAGCCAGGGCCAGUACCAGAUAAGCACAUGAAACUAUGGUAACAACCAUUGGCUUAUAUUAGCACAAGUGGAAGUUAAAACAAAGAUGUUUAGCAAACUGUUAAAGCACACAAACCAUCGUCAUAUGAGAAAUCCGACGCUAUGACUCUCCACAAGUUGUCCUUUAAGUCGUUAUCUUUGUAAUGUUUGUGUCUUUUAUCAAAAAGCACUCUGUUCUCCGACAUGUAAACAAUAAGCUGGUUGGCCAUGUUGGAUAUACCAGUAAAUCUGACGUCGCAACAACACGCAAUCUGAUUGGUCAGAAGUGGACACACAGUCUGUGAAAAUUUAGAAAAAAUGACCAUGAUUCAAAAAAUAAAUGCCGCAAUAUUGCAGGACGGGAAAACGUCGCUGAUGUGAACGCUUGUAUUGAUAGGAUACAGGUUCGAAAAAUACUGACAUCUGAAAUAAUCGCACGACAAAAACGGUCCCGGUGUGUAAGGACCUUAAGCCUGGUGACAGCAGGCUGACCAACUUGAAAAAGGAGUUUAUCUGAGGGGCACUGACAGAAAAACAGAGGUGGAGAUGAUCAAAUCACUCAUACUUCCUAAAGGGUCUGGAGGUGUUUUCUCUGUCCCGCUCAAUGUAAAGCCAGUGUUUGACACGCCUGCUUUCUGCGAGGCAUCAGCUCAGUUAGAUAUUAUCAAACCAGCAGCAGAGAUUCUAAUGAGCUUUAGAGCUACAAAGAGAAGGGGGGGUCUGACUGUUACUGGUGGUUAUAUGGUAUAAUCCCCUCAUAGAGCAAAGCAGACUGUAUUGUCACUGCAGGAGCUCAGCUAACAGUCCAAACUAACAGGAGGAAGAAGACCACUUAGCAGGGAAAUCCAUCUGAUGUUGGGGGGUACCACUCACUGUGUCAGUCCAUAAAAACAGAAAUUAUGGAGAGACAAAGACAACAGGAAGCACUUUUCCUAGACUCUAUCAUCCAUUAGACCGUCUAUGUUAAAGAUCUUCUUAUGACUUAUAUAGUAGGUAAUAAAGAAGUAUGAAGGUACUGUAGGUAUUGCAGCCUCUGCAGUUGUGCCGCAGCUUUGAUGUGUAAAAACUGAUUAAAUAUAUUGCAUGUUUCCACUUGGGUCAAAUUCCUUAGACAUACUACUGUACUUACAAAUCCAUGGAUUUGUAAGUACUCAGGUGCGGAGCUGGAAUUUCUGCAUUUUUAAGGUGGCAUCAUUCAGCAAAGCUCAGCACUUUUAACUGGUUCAUCUGUACUCAGCCUUAUGUUCACUAUCUUAGUGGGUGCCCUGGUGUUUGUUUGUGUGUGUGUGUUUGUGCCCGUGUGUGUGGCUUUAGGUCUCUACAUCUCCCCCCCUGUGGAGAUGUAGAGAAUAAUAUUUGGUUCCCUCAAUCUCAGUCUAACAUCUACAAAGUCCAAUUCCAUUGAAGUUGGGAAAUUGUGAUAAACAUAAAUAAAAACAGAAUACAAUGAUUUGCAAAUUCUUUUUAACCUAUAUUCAAUUGAAUACACUACAAAAACAAGAUAUUUAAUGUUCAAACUCAUAAACUUUUUUUUUUUUGGCAAAUAAUCAUUAACUUUAGAAUUCCAUGGCAGCAACACGUGCCAAAGAAGUUGGGAAAGGUGGCAAAAAAUACUGAGAAAUUUGAGGAAUGCUCAUCAAACACCUAUUUGGAACAUCCCACAGGUGAGCAGGCUCAUUGGGAACAGGUGGGUGCCAUGAUUGGGUAUAAAAGCAGCUUCCCCAAAAAUUCUCAGUCAUUCACAGGCAAGGAUGGGGCAAGGUUCACCACUUUGUGAACAACUGUGUGAGCAAAUAGUCGAACAGUUUAAGAACAACGUUUCUCAAAGUACAAUUGCAAGGAAUUUAGGGAUUUCAACAUCUACGGUCCAUAAUAUCAUCAGAAGGUUCAGAGAAUCUGGAGAAAUCACUGCAGGUAAGCGGCACGGCCAGAAACCAACUUGAAUGCCUGUGACCUUCGAUCCCUCAGGCAGCACUGUAUCAAAAACUGACAUCAAUGUGUAAAGGAUAUCACCACAUGGGCUUAGGAACACUUCAGAAAAUCACUGUCAGGAAAUACAGUUCGUCACUACAUCUGUAAGUGCAAGUUAAAACUCUACUAUUCAGAGCGAAAGCCAUUUAUCAACAACAUCCAGAAACACCGCCGGCUUCUCUGGACCCGAGCUCAUCUAAGAUGGACUGAUGCAAAGUGGAAAAGUGUUCUGUGGUCUGACGAGUCCACAUUUCAAAUUGUUUUUGGAAAUAGUGGACGUUGUGUCCUCCGGGCCAAAGAGGAAAAGAACCAUCCGGACUGUUAUCUACGCAAAGUUCAAAAGCCAGCAUCUGUGAUGGUAUGGGGGUGCAUUAGUGCCCAAGGCAUGGGUAACUUACACAUCUGUGAAGGCAACAUUAAUGCUGAAAGGUACAUACAGGUUUUGGAGCAACAUAUGCUGCCAUCCAAGCAACGUCUUUUUCAUGGACGCCCCUGCUUAUUUCAGCAAGACAAUGCCAAUUCUGCACGUGUUACAACAGCAUGGCUUCAUAGUAAAAGAGUGCGGGUACUUGACUGGCCUGCCUGCAGUCCAGACCUGUCUCCCAUUGAAAAUGUGUGGCGCAUUAUGAAGCAUAAAAUACGACAACGGAGACCCGGACUAUUAAACAGCUGAAGCUGUACAUCAAGCAAGAAUGGGAAAGAAUUCCACCUUUAAAGCUUCAACAAUUAGUCUCCUCAGUUCCCAAAUGUUUAUUGAGUGUUGUUAAAAGGAAAGGUGAUGUAACACAGUGGUAAACAUGCCCCUGUCCCAACUACUUUGGCACGAGUUGCAGAAUUGAAAUUCUGAGUUAAUUAUUAUUUGCAAAAAAAAAAAAAAGUUUGAGUUUGAACAUUAAAUAUCUUGUCUUUGUAGUGUAUUCAAUUGAAUAUAGGUUGAAAAGGAUUUGCAAAUCAUUGUAUUCUAUUUUAUUUACGUUUAUCACAAUUUCCCAACUUCAAUGGAAUUGAGUUUUGUAUAAACUUCAGUCUGCAUUGAAUUUUCCUUCAAUGGUUAAUAAAGUUAUUCUUAUUCUUAUUGACCAGCCUCCUCUCUCUCUCCUCAGCAUCCUCCCUAUGAAGCAGGGAAUCCUGCUGGGUCAGUACAUGGGAGCCUUCAACCUCAUGGACUCUUUCAGAGGACACUCCAGAGGACAAAAGCAGGAGUGAGGAGGACGAGCAGCAAGGGACAGCUGAGACUGGACCAUCUCCUGUUUCUUGUUAAUACCUGAAGCUUCAUCAUGAAUUAGUUAAUAACACAGAGUAUAGAGGAGGAGGAGUUUAGAUCUCACACUUUUACGUCCUUCAUUUCAAAGCUUUGUAACUGAAAACUCUUUACUAAUACCUUUUAGCCUCUCUGUGUCCAAUAUAAACAUAUAAUCUUUGAUUUUAGCAGCAGCACCCUGAUCUGUGUUAGAGGCAUUAUCUUAGCUGCAGUCACAUGUAGUCACAUGUACGUAUGAGUAAUACUUCAUUACUGAAUAUCCAGUAUUUACAGGUCUGUAUGCAGGUAAAUAUGCAGCAGAGGAUCUCUCCUGGUGCAUGAUGGGACUGUUCAUGUGUCAGUGUUGAUGUCAUUAUGUAAAAACCCUCCUCAUGGCCUCUCUCACAUGUUUUUACUGCCUGUCUGAGGACCCACACUGAUGAUCUAACACAGGGUCAUCACCCCGAGACAAACAGUUCAGUCAAACACUCAUCUAGAUAACAAAUCUACAGCACACAGUAACCUGAUGUGUAAUUCUACUACAUGUUUUUUUCAGCUCACUUCUACGGAUAAUGAAGGAUGUUUGUGUUUACAAUCUCUCUCAUGGUUUCAUACCCACAUCAGACACAUUCAGGGACAAAAAUAAAAGAGAUCUCACCAACGAAGUCCCAAAUGCACAAGCAUGAAGUCAGAGAUGAACAAAAAUCUGUUGUAAAUUUACAACAAAAAAAGAAAAAAAGCUGGUAAAUGUACAAGCAUAGAGUCUUAAAUUUAUCAAAAUCAAGUUGUUAAUUUACUUUGUCAGUUUAUAAGAUUAUUCUCUUAAAUACAGGCCCUCAUCCUGUAACUUUAUGGCUUUAUUCUGAAAAUCUCUAGUUUUUUCCAGAAGCUUUCUUUCUGACUCUGUGGUAGGAGUGAGCAGCUGUUUCUGGCAAAAAAAGGACAAAUAUUUCCAAGUUUAAUGUCAGAAUUUUCCUUGAAUGGUCCACAUCAUAUCACUAGUGACUUCCUCCUGAUACGUUUCUGUUCGUCCAACUGCUGGUCAGUUUAUUACAUUCCUCUAAAUCAGUGGUUCUCAAGUCCAGUCCUUGAGGCUCACUGUUCUGCAUGUUUUGGAUGUUUCCCUGCUCCAACACACCUGAUUCAAAUGAUCAGCUCGUUAUUAAGCCAUUACAGAGCUUGAUAACGAGCUGAUCAUUUGAAUCAGGUGUGUUGGAGCAGGGAAACAUCCAAAACAUGCAGGACAGUGGGCCUCAAGGACUGGACUUGAGAACCACUGCUCUAAACAAUUCUUCACACUCAGGGAAGGUUGACCUCACUGAAAGGGUGAACUACGUGUCAGGUGAGUCACCUGGUAAAAGCUGUCAGGUGCUUCAAAAAACCUCAGAUGCUGAACUUCUUUGAAGUCUAGCUUUAAACUGAAGCGACCAGCUUUUAUUUGAAGAUGUCAGUUAAAGGGUUAAAGUCCUUUUUUUAUUCUCAAAAUGAAAAAAAAAAUACUGUAUGUUAAGACAUUAGCUGUUUUAAAAAGCACACUUCCUCUCUGUACAUCAGCUCUGUUGUAGCCCAUAUGCUAAAACAAGCCAGUGUGUAGCCCCUCUGUUUCUAUGUUUUCACUGAAAAGCACAAACUGUUAGUGUCACACAGGCUACCUGUGCAGGUAGUAUGCCAUUACCUUUAGUUUGGCACCAGUGUUUGACUCCUGCACUGAUCUACAGUGAAUCCCUUUGAAGGAAACAUUUGCAUCGAACUAAAUCGACAUUAAUCUGAACUAAUAAGGUACUAACAUGACACAGAGUAAAUACAUUUACAGUCCUCUUACUGUCUAUAUAAUCACAGUAUAACCACGUUUCUAGCCCAGUUACAUUACCUUGGAAUAUCAAUGUGUCAUUUAUGACUGACUGUUGUUUUCAACACGUCACUGAUAACCUGAAUGUACCCCUGUGAACACCUGUGGCCUUACAAUAAAGACUCAUAAAGGGUUUUGUCUUGUUUCACUUCAUAUCUCACAUUUCUCAUUACAAAAGACUGCACCGUUUUUUUGUAAGUCUAGUUUUAGUUUUCAGAUCUCUUUUAUAUGUACAGAAGUUUUAAAAUAUUAAAAUGAAAUAAAAACAUGAUGAUG